AAUUUAAAACCGGAUAGUUUUCCGAAUUCUUCUAACAGAUCUAACACCUUACUGACACUCUCUUCUGGAUCCUCCAAAGACAACAUAAGGUCGCCAGCAUAAGCUUUCAAUUUGUAUUCUUUCACUCCUAUUUUUAUUCCGCGUAUCUCUGAAGUUUUUCUUAUCUUAUUUGUAAUUAUCUCUAACAUCAUAAUAAACAGAAGAGGUGACAGAGGGCACCCCUGCCUAGUACCCUUCGAGAUUUCAAAGGGUUCUGUUAAAUUAUUAUUAAUAAUUAAUUUAGCACUUUGUUGUGAGUAAAUUGCUUUUAUUCCUUCCUUCUUCCACUUUCUGGACAAUGAAGUUGUCUGCAAGGCCAGUGAGGAAUCUGUUUGACCUUAUGCUCUUGGCUGAGUUUGACAUCCAACAAAUAUCCGGGUAAUUGAAGUCCCCCAUUACUACUAUCUCCCUUCCUUUUGCAUGCUUGGCCAUCUGUUCCAGGAAGGCAUCAUCUAUGUCCUCCGUUUGGCUUGGGGAUCUAUAGUAAACUCCCACAAUGAGGUCACUGUUAUUCUUCUCUCCCUUAAUUUUGACCCAAAUGCUCUCACUUUGGCUUUGAGGUUCUAAAUCUUGGAUCUCUUCACAGGUAUACACAUCCCUGACAUAUAACGCCACUCCUCCUCCUUUCUUGUCUGGUCUGUUUCUCUGAAAUAGAUUGUAUCCCCCAUUAUUACAUUCCAAUCGUGGGACUUAUCCCACCAGGUUUCAGUGAUGCCUAUUAUGUCAUAUUUAGUUUGCUGUACCAAGAGCUCAAGCUCAUCUUGUUUAUUUCCCAUGCUUUGCUCAUUAGUGUACAGACAUUGAAGUCCAUUAAUCAUUCCCCGUGUCUCUUAUUUAAGGAUUUUUUCCUCCCACCACUAGGUCUGCGUGCUGUUUGCUCCAUUUGGUCUAUGACAUUUGGAUGAUCAUCUUCAUCAAUUGAUAGACUCCUACCUUCAGGAGCACUGUCUCCCUCCCCACAUUAGUCAGUUUAAAGCCCUCCUGAUGAGGUUUCUGAGAUUUUUGGCAAAAACAUUUCUCCCAACCGUUGUGAGGUGCAGCCCAUCGCUUGCCAGAAGUCCAUCUUCAAGAAACUGCAGUCCGUGAUCUAAGAAUCCAAACCGUUCCUGUUUACACCAUUUGCGAAGCCAGCUGUUCACUUCCACUAUUUUCCCCUCUCUCCCUGGGCCACAUCGUUCAACUGGGAGGACAGAUGAGAUGACAAUUUGUGCAUUUAAUUGCUUCAAUUUCCUGCCCAGAGCCUCGUAGUCUCUUUUGAUCUUCUGGAGGCUAUUGCUUGCAGUGUCAUUGGUUCCCACAUGAACCAAGAGGAAGGGGUAUUUGUCAGUGGGUUUUAUGAUUCCUUGCAGUCGUUCAGUUACAUCUUGGAUCUUAGCCCCGGGGAGACAGAUGUUUGUAGCUUCGAGAACACUGUCCAACCAUCUCGUCCUCUGUCGUCCCCUUCUUCUUGUGCCCUCAACCUUUCCCAACAUCAGGGUCUUUUCCAGGGAGUCUUCUCUUCUCAAGAGGUGGCCAAAGUAUUGGAGUCUCAGCUUCAGGAUCUGUCCUUCCAGUGAGCACUCAGGGCUGAUUUCCUUAAAAAUAGAUAGGUUUGAUCUUCUUGCAGUCCAUGGGACUCUCAAGAGUCUCCUCCAGCACCAUAAUUCAAAAGCAUCAAUUCUUUGGCGAUCAGCCUUCUUUAUGGUCCAGCUCUCACUUCCGUACAUCACUACUGGGAAAACCAUAGCUUUAACUAUAUGGACCUUUGUUGGCAAGGUGCUGUCUCUGCUGGGACCAUAGUCACCCUGAAAACAGUUGGUAACACUCUACGCCGUGAAGGACUGAGAUCUUGCAGAGCCCGCAAGGCCCCCUUGCUCAAGCAGCACAUGUUCAGGCCCGUCUGCAGUUUGCCAAUGCCCAUCUGAAUGACCCAGAGGAGAAGUGGGUGAAAGUGUUGUGGUCAGAUGAGACCAAAAUCAAGCUCUUUGGCAUCAACUCAACUCAUCGUGUUUGGCGGAGGAAGAAUGCUGCCUACGCCCCCAAGAACACCAUCCCCACCGUCAAACAUGGAGGGGGACAUAUUAUGCUUUGGGGGUGUUUUUCUGCUAAGGGGACAGGACACCUUCACCACAUCGAAGGGACGAUGGACGGGUCCAUGUAUCGUCAAAUCUUGAGUGAGCACAUCCUUCCCUUAGCCAGGGCAUUGAAAAUGGGUCAAGGAUGGGUAUUCCAGCAUGACAAUGACCCCCAACACACGGCCAAGGCAACAAAGGAGUGGCUCAGGAAGAAGCACAUUAAGGUCCUAGAGUGGCCUAGCCAGUCUCCAGACCUUAAUCCCAUCGAAAAUCUGUGGAAGGAGCUGAAGGUUUGAGUAGCUACACAUCAGCCUCGAAAUCUUCCUGACUUGGAGAAGAUCUGCAAAGAGGAGUGGGACAAAAUACCUCCUGAGAUGUGUGCAAACCUGGUGGCCACCUACAAGAAACGUCUGUAAUUGCCAACAAGGGUUUUGCCACCAAGUCAUCUUUUGCAAAGGGAUCAAAUACUUAUUUCACUCAUUAUAAUGCACAUCAAUAUCUGACUUUUGUCUUCUGGGGGUUUUCCCUGUUGUUAUUUUGUUUCUCACAGCUACAGUAAACCUACCAUUAAAAUUAUGGACUGGUCAUUUCUUCGUCAGAGGGCAAACGGGCAAAUUUAGCAGGGGAUCAAAUACUUUCCCCCCUCACUGUAUGUUAGAGGCUCGUUUAUAUUUUGGGAAUGAUGCAUGUUUUUAUGUAGCUGCAUUGUUUCCUACUUUCUGGAUGCCCCAUGAUCAUAUUAUAAAGUAGUUGUGUUCAGUGUUAUAAAUCAAGCACUGCUAGGAUCAUUUCUUUUUUGUUUUCCAAUGUAUUUCUUAUCAAUUAAAUUUUUGGUGCAAGCAAAUUUUUAUUCUGAAAGUGUGGUGAAGAGAAAACAGUUUGAGAACCACUGGGCUAGGCAGACCCCUGCUGGAGACCUUGGAGCUGCUAGCUGAAACAGACAAAUCUGGGUCAUAUAGACAAUAUUCUGCUUCAAUAUAAGGCCAGAUUCCUAUGAAACACUGUUUUAAUUAGAUGCCUGAGGCCGGUGCUGACAGCAUGCACUAGUCUGGAGCAUCCAUGCAGCCCAGAUUAUUCUCCCGGCUGUUCUGAGGAGAAGCACGUUGUGAAUUCCUCCUCCUGCUCACACAAAGGGAUAAUCCAGCAGCCAUGGAACAGCUAGCCUAGAAACAUAAAUCAAAGCAUCUCUAUUGCUUAUGUACCUUUUUGCUUUUCUGGCAAAGCUGGACUUGAAACCCCAGCAAACAGCAAGGUGAAACCCUCCAGCUCACCCCCACACCCUGCAUGCAAUUCAGUGAUCCUUCUGGGAUGAACCUACCCUCCCUCUUCUAAACACUGUGCACUUGAAACGGCUGAAUUUUGCGGGAGUGAGCCUCAGGCAGGCGGGAGUCAGUCUGCUGGAAUAAUGAGAACGAGUCAGGCUGUGAGCCUCUGCUAUCCUGCCCGGUCCUCUUGUGCAUUUCAAUUCUCUGUGCACACAUCUGAGGGAGCAUCCUCUCCCUGCUCUCUUUCUGUCGUCCCCCCACCUCCCUCCUUCUCCACCAGCUCUUCUUCAGGAGCUGCAGAGCUGAGAAGCCAACCUCAGCAGCAUGCUCCCGAGGCUGCCGUAGACAGAGCCGUGGUCAGGCUGGCCACCCUUCAAGCUCUCCAAUGCACCGGGAGGCCGCAGUCUCUGUCGUCCAGGGCCUCAGUGAGCCGUGCCCACCCAGCGCCAGCCCAACCCAAGCAGCCUCUGCAGUGCGGACCGCUAAGAGACAGGUAGGAGCUGGGUGCUUGCGGUUGUGACAAGGAAGCUGCCUGGUGAGGCGGCCUUUGCAACAGGGCGGCAGACCUCUUGGUCAAAUGUAGUCUCCUCAGUGGUGGCAUUUGGGGAUGUUGGCCUCUCACCAAUUUCUGUGGGGCAGUGGGCCUGAAUGGGUGGGUAAGGGAGGGGUGCAUGGGCCUUCUUCAACUGUCACCCUCCAUUACGAUCACUUUAGUGGAUUUCCUCUCAGGAUGUUAAUUGGUGUGUAGCCUCUCCAGGAUGACUGAAGGAGAGAGAGAGAGAGAGAGAGAGAGAGAGAGAGAGAGAGAGAGAUAUGCUCAUUUGCCAAGGACAGUCCUGCUCAUGCCAAAAUCCUCUCACACCUCUUCUUCAGAGCUGAUGGCAUACAUGGCCCCAAAUCAUACUGCUUUUCUGGGAAGUCUCUGUGGUGGUAGGUGAACCGCAGGUUUUCAAAAAAUAGCUAAAAAAAAAUAAGAGGAGUAGGAUUAAUACAGUACUAAAAAAACCCAAGAAUGACAGUGAGCUCUACAAGUUACAGACAGAUUGUUUUUCCCCUGCCUGGCUGCUGCUGCUGCUGCUGCUGCUGCUGCGAUAAAUGGGAGUGAUUAGCAGCAGCAUAGAUUUGGCUUCUCCUCCCUCAUUUCUCUUUUUUUUAAUUGUUGAAUGAAAGGCAAGUGGGCUGCAGAAUCAGUGGCAGUUCACCAAGGGACAGAGACAGCUUGCAGAUAAAAGGAAGUACAAGACUGACUGGAAGGUGCUGGCGAGGCUAAAUCACCGAGCAGGCUGCUUCUUUAGUGCCUUAGACCAUAGGUGACUGGCAAAUGUUGCAUGGAUAUCCAUGGCCGAAAGAACCAAGACAGACACCCCAAAUCUUCCCCAAAUCAGUGGCAGGGAAGAGACUGGCCACCAAAUAUGCUGCAUCUGUUGCUAAUUUUACAGCUGCCUCACAUGCAGGGUUGCUAAUUUUGAAUUACAGGGUUCUUGUGUCUUUAAGAGUGGGUGACAAGCAGGAAUUCAGCAAGGUAAAUUUUCCCCACCACUUCCAUCUUCAUGCUGGGAAAAGCUUCACUGCCUGAAUUUCCAGUAUUCAUGUUGCAAAUGUUAAAGUUACCAGAAAGCAAUUGAGCAAACCUGUUCAACCUCAUAAUCAAGACUCCUGCUCUUUGAAAACAACAAUGACAACAAGUACAACCCUCUCUCAGUAACGGGCAGUUCACAUCCAAAUACACAUCUUUUGCCCAUGAAGAGAUGGGACUAUGCUGGGCGCCUGAGUUCUCCAUGACUGUCAGUGAAUUCCCUGAGAUAAAGUAAACGGGAGACAAACACUUCAUCUCUUACGUAAGAGUAUUAGAGGAGUCCGUCUUGCCCAGCAUCCUGCAUGCAGGGGAUGAGUACAGUAUUGCUCUCCUGCUUGAGGUAUCUGAAUACUGCAUCUGAUACUGGAGGUAAUAAAGCCAACAUGACUGGCAGCCAUCAAAGUUUUAUACUCCAUAGAAGUGCUGGCGUUGACCUAUAAAGCUUUAAAUGGUUCAGGACUGCAAUAACUCAAGGAUCCCCUCUCCUGAGGCCCUUCUUUGUGUGCCUCCUCCAUGAGGGGUCUGGAGGGGGGAAACCCAAGAACGGCCCUUUUCUAGAGUGGCUCCCCUUUUGUGGAAUGCUCUCCCCAGGGAGACUGCCCUGGUGCCUUCACCAGGCAAAAACAUCCCUCUUCUCCCAUAAUUAAGCAAUUUUAAACUGGGGUGGGGGGUGGGGGUAUUGUUUUUGUUUGUUACUAUAUUAUAUAUAUUUGUGGUUUUAGAUUGUAAACCGCCUUUGUUCCUCAGAUGAAGGGUGGUAUAGAAAUUGAGUAAAUAAAUAAAUAAAUAAAUAAAUAAAUACAUACAUACAAUUGAAUAUGUCCAGGUCCCCUUUUGAAGCUGUUCAAUUUGUUGGCCACUUCUAUGGCAACCAUCCUGUGCUAGCUAAUGCCAUAUUGAGGCCGGGAGUGGGGGAAACUGACCUGGGUCAUUUCCUCCAGCCCAUGGGUAAGGUCUGGCAGAUGGAGGGGGGUCCUACUUGACCUCACAAUUUUGUCAAGGUACCCAUUUUCAGAUCCACUGUGUGGAUGGAAGCCCCAAUAAUCAUGCCCUGACAACCAGCUGAUUUUAGGGCUUCAGAGCACAUGGCACUGCGCAAACUCCAACUAUCCGUUGACGAUCAGCUGGCUGGUGGUGCCUGCAACCUGCUUUUGGCCCCUCUAUGUCUUUAUCCGCCCCACAGCUGACUUCAUAUAUGCUUUUGGGUAUAGAGCAGGUGACCAUGCCUUGGGCAAAACAGUCUUGCAAACCAAACUUUAGGUAUCUGAUGAAGACACUCCCUCUCCCUCUCUCUCUCUCUCUCUCUCUCUCUCUCAUUAUUAAUAAUAUUUUUUCUCCUUUGUGGCUCUUUUGUACACCACUUAGAAACCAUAGUGUAAUGCAGUAUAUAAAUUAUUGAAAUAAAGUAAUAAUAAUGAAUAAAUAUUCCUUGCCAUUGGCUUAGCCAUGGGGGGUGGGAAGGAGCAAAGCCCUUCCAACUCUGCAGUUUUAUAAUUUUACGAUUCCAUUCCUUUUGUCUGUCCUGAAUCUUCCACCGUUCAGUUUGGCUGGAUGACUCCUGGCUCUUAGAUGAUGAGAGGAAGAGAAGCCCCUCUCUGCCCUCUUUCCCCAUGCCCUGCGUAAUUCCACACACCUUUCUCGUGCUCCUACUUAAACAUUCUUUUCCAAAGCAAUGGACCCUUUACUCCUCAGGGCACUGCUCCACCCCCUUGUUUUGAUCGUCCUUUUCUGCACUUUUUCUAGCUGUACAAUAUCCUUUUUGAGGCAACAAUUUGUAACAGCAUUAUGAUCCUGGCGGAUUUUAUUUUCAGUUCCUUUCCUAAGAAUCCCUAGCCUGGACUUCUCUUUUAAAGAGAAUUUUAAAGUGGCCACCACUAGCUCUUGUGGGAGUGAAAUCCAUGGUGUCACUGUACAGUGUGUGGAGACAUGCUUUCUUUUGUCUCGCCUGAAUCUUCCAGCAUUCAGCUUCACUGUAUGCUCCUGAGUUCCAGAAAUAUCUCUCUGAAAAUUCCCUAUGUUGUAACCUUUUCUUGUAGAGGAGUCACUUUGCUCCUUUCAUUAUUUCGGUUGCCCUCCUCUGAGCCUUUUCCACCACUGUAAUGUCCUCUUUGAGGUGAGGGGACCAGAACUGUACAGAGUUCUUUGAUGUGUGGUCACAUCAUAGAUUUGCAUAAUGGCAUUAUGAUGGCUGGCAGUCUUAAUUUUCAAUUCCUUUCUUAAUUAUCCCUAGCAUGGCAUCUUAAUUGAGCCAUCCACUAUGACCACAAGGUCUCAUUCCUGGUCAGUCAUCACCAGUUCAGACCCCAUGAGAAAUUAGGGACACACACACACUAACCUGUUUAUAGUACAAAAAUGCCUUUUAUUAAUCCGGAAUCAUUCUUGCUCAUCUGCAACAUGCUGCUUUAAAUCUAAACUGAUUGAAAAUCGUUCUGUCCACAAAAAUUGAUGUGGUUACAUGAUACCCAUUUGAAAAUCCUCCCCUUGGUUAGGUUAUAUUUUUCUCUUCCUGCACAUACCCCAGAUGAAUAAAGAAGGAAGUGUUAGAAGUUGCAAUCUUGGUAUACACCCACCCACAAUUUCAUUAGGCUGGUGUGGAUGUGUGCACACACAGACACACACUUUGCCAGAGUUGCCUAUAUAUGUUUUCAUGUGCUUUCAAAUGGAUGCACUGUGGGGUAACACAGAAUCAAGCUGCAAUGAACUUGUGUUUUCAGAACAAAUCCAGAUUCUCAAGAAGUGCUUUCCAGGAGCAGAAAGUAUGCAAUAGAUCUAGAUUGUGCAUUGACUCCAUAGAAAUUCAGAAAUAUUUGGUCUCCAUUGAUCCUGUUAUCAAAUGUUAUGUGUGCACAGUUUAUAAUUUUUUUAUCCCCAUUCACCUCACUUUACCCUUGCUUACAUUGAAUCACAUUUACCACCUCCAGUUUGGAGAGAUCCUUUGAUUUGGUGCCAUCAACAAACUUCAAUGCAUUCAAUCAAUUUGUUUUAAUUGUGCUAUUUCCCUUUCAGUUUGCAUUUAUUUUUUAAUCUUGAUUUGCAAACUUUCAUGAAUGUUCAGGGUCAUUCACUCCCCUUCAGUUCAGUUGCAGGCUUUUGUGUCAUUUAUUUGGUGCCUGCAACAAAUGGCACCUACUUCAAUUAUUUGCUUUCAUUCCAUUUGUUUUGUUUUUCGUUAGAUUUGUGAAAACUUCUCUUUAAGCCCCUCCCCCACAUUCUUCCUGGAUGUGUGGUGUGCAUGUGGUGGUUGCUUUUAUUCAUUUCCAUUUCCUCACCCCCUGCUCACUUUUAGCUUUCUUGUUCAAAAUUUCAAUAUGAGUAUGAAAAUGAGAGUACCCCUAAACAUAUUUUAGUAAAAAACCACUGGGUAUUGUGCAUUGUCUUAAAACAAGGUGCUACAGUUAAUGCAAUUUGCUAGAACAUUAUGAAAUCAGCUGUGGGGCAGAACCCAGCAAUUUUUGGUGGAUCUAGGCUUCAGCCUCAUGAGUUUGGGUGGUUCAGUACAAAAACUGUUCAUUAAUCCAUUCAGUUUUUUAUUAUUUAAAUGGCUGGAGGGAACAACCUUGCACUCUCUUCCUUCCUUCCUUCCUUCCUUCCUUCCUUCCUUCCUAUGGCAACAUCUAAAUAGUGCAUUUAUGACUGCAGCUUGAGGACUUCCAGUAGGUUGUGAGCUUAAGAAAUGUCUGUUCUUUGGUUAUACCUCCCCUCCCCCCGCGCGAGUUUAAGAUCUUUCAGAUGUUUCACAACAAGCUCCAUUUUUCUCCCAAGGAGGGUGCAUUACAGACAUUGAUGUAUUGACAGCCGCAGCAGCAACAUGAGUCUGGCGAGCUGUGGGAAGAGGUUAAUGUUAUUGUACUUGACAGCUGAAAGUCAGCCUCUGCCUCUGGCCUGCGCUUGCUCUCUUCCACUCACAUUCCCUUCUCUCCAAGCAAACCCAUCAACACAUUUGUCCCCAUGAGCUUAGCUACUCUCCUUGAAUGGGGCACCCCCAAUUCUCAAAGGGGAAUGCACUAGAAAGGUGGAGGGGUGACAACUUUUAGCUUUUCCAUUUAUCAUCUUCACUGCUGCUACUAACUGCUUUUCAGAUGGGAAGCUGAGGAUCACACUACGUGUCAUGUGCAGCUUGCAGGGACAUCUCCUGUUCUUCUUCCAUUCAGGGGUGAGAACGUAGCUAUUUGCCGAAUACUGCAUUUUAAGAAUAUUUAGACCAGGGUGGUCCAACUUCUCAUACCAAGUGGGCUGCAAGAGGACUUUGACACAGAACCCACGGGCUCCACCCUGCCUUGUCACACGGGAGGGGGAGUGAGGCCAACAUUUGAUGCCUCCCCCCCCCCAGCCUGUAUUCAAAAUUCACCAGGCACAUUUUGUACCUAGCUAUGAGCCACUUGUGAGCAAAUGAAUCUUUAUUCAACAUUCAACACAUAUUUACACAACAAUAUUGCCAUAUUACAGUUUAUGCACAAACAUUACACAAAAAAAGAGCAAGACAAUGAAAAAUAAAGAAAAAAUAAAGAAGAAAAUAAAAAUAAAGAAUGAAAACAAGAAGGAUAAAUUAAACUUCUGAUUUUUCUCAAGAAACAGAAUCUCAUUUGAUAAUUUUACACAGUAUCAUAUUAUUAUACUUUGUUUCCUUUAUUUCAUUCAAAGAGAUAUUCUUGGGUUUAUUAUCUGUACAUUACAAGAGUUAGGAGGUUUUUGCUAUCAUAAUAGGUUUUCAGAUAUUCUUUAAAUAUUAUCCAUUCUUUAUUCACCUUCUGCAUUGAGUACCUUCUAACUCUCCCCGUCAUUAUUGCCAAUUGGAUGUAUUCUGUCAUUUUAACUGCCAUUCUAACUUUGUAGGUGUAAUUUCACUCUUCCAAUUCGUUGCAGCCAGAAUCCUGGCAGAUGUUGUAUACAUAAAAAGUGGUCUUACUUCUUUCUUAAUUUCAUUUGACGUUAUCCCUAAUAGAAAGGCCUCCAGUCUUUUUGUGAAUGGGAAUUUGAAUAUCUUUUUUUAAUUAAUUGUAUACAAUAUCCCAAAACUCUUUAAUUUUUUCACAUUCCCACCACAUAUGCAUAUAUGAACCUCUCCCCUUUUUACAUCUCCAACACAUUUCAGAUCUAUUCUUAUACAGUUCGCCAGGAUGAGGUGCCACCGGUAGAGCAUUUUCGUAACAUUUUCUCUUAGAUUAUAACACACUGUAAAUCUAUCGCCUCUUACUUUAAAUUUAUUUCUUAAAGAAAUUUUUUUAAUAUUUGGAUGACAUUCAAGCCUAAUGUCAAAAAUGCUUGUGUUAUUAAAAGCUCUCCCAUAGAAGCUGCCUCAUCACAUCUGCGAGGAUAAACAGCUCCCCACCCUUGGAAAGCUCUGUGGUCAUUUGAGCAGGAAUUUUCCAUAACCCUCUCCUCUUGCCUCAAAAGAGGCUUUUUAAAAUAUUGGCCCUUGUGAAAUGCAAUUCUCUUUAUUGUCCAUUUAAUCACAUUUGCCACAGUGCCUAUAUCAACACAUGGGCACUGUUUUGUUCCUGAUUUAAUGCAGCCCUGACCUGGGAAAACAUAAAAGGGAAAAUAUUAGUCCAUAAUCAUAGCUGGGCUUCCCAGUGGGCGACCUUCUGCAUUAACAACCUGCUGGCAGGGAGUCAAAGCAAUCAGGCUAUAGACACCAUGACCCAACAGAGUUCUUCAAAUAUAAAUAAUUUUGCUUAUUAAACUUUUUAAAAAUAUGUUUUAAAUUACCUUUUGGAAUCAGCACAUAAAACUCAGCCUCCACCCGACCCGUGUCUCCCUGACUGCUGAAGCCCAGUUCUCAGGGCCAAAGUAGAUGCUGUUUGGGAGAUCUGUGAUCAGCUCUUCCAACAUCUAUUCUGCCUUUGAAAGCAGCCAGUGAGGGAAGAAGGUUUGGGAUCGGAGCCAUGGCAUUGGAGCAGUGGGGUUCAUAGCAUUUCUCCAGUUUCAGUCCCCCUCACCCGCUGCUUUUUGCCAUGGCUCUCCAUGAAAGAGGUGGGCAUCUGCAGCUAACAGCUCUUUGGGGAGGCAGUUAAAUCAAGGAAAUGGCAUGGAGGGAAAGGAUUAAGCACCAUUUCCCCACUGCUGCAACCCUGGUUUUAAUCUCCCCCUGGUUGCUUUCAGGCACAUACAUGCCGUCUCUGAUUUUGCCCUCAGUGAGGCAGGAAAUGUGUAUGCCUGGACUGUGCCACCUUGGACCAUAAGAGGGGGCUCAUAGGACUGAAUACUUGUCCAGCUACACACCAAUUCCCUACAUAUUGUGGGUUAUGUGUGGGGUUUUUGUAUACUUAUGCAGUCAUGUGAUCUUUUACUUUUCAUCUGAAGUGAUAUAGCCCAGACUCAGGGUUAUCAUCAUAGUGGGAAGUAGGCCUAAGCCUAUGCCCACUCGCCCCAACUUCAUCCCUUUCUACCCAUAAGCCAUGUGUGAGGCUUCUCCCAUUCCUCUCCUUCCCUCAGAAUCCAGUCACUUACAAACAAGGAGUUGGAAGGGGACCACUUGUACUACCGUAAUGUGCUGUAUAUGCCCUUCCCUUGGGAACGGUCCUGUCAGGAGCGUGCCAGCAGUAAAUCACACCAUGCAAGUUGAAGUUAACUCUUUAUUAGCAAAAAACACUAUCAACACAGGAGUGUCAGACCUAAUGAUCACAAUCAAAAUAUAUAAAAUAAAAAAUAAAAAAAUUGUCCAGUAGCACCUUAGAGACCAGCUAAGUUUGUUCUUGGUAUAAACUUUCAUGUGCAUGCACACUUCUUCAGAUACCAGCAUGCACACGAAAGCUUAUACCAAGAACAAACUUAGAUGGUCUCUAAGGUGCUACUGGACAAUUUAUAUAUACAGUGGUGCCUCGCAAGACGAAAAGAAUCCGUUCUGUGAGUCUCUUCGUCUAGCGGUUUCUUCGUCUUGCGAAGCAAGCCCAUUGACGGAUUAGCGGAUUAGCGCUAUUAGCGCUAUUAGCGGCUUUUAGCGGCUUAUCAGCUUAUCGGAUAAGCAGAUAAGCGGCUUAACGGCUUAGAAAAAGGGGGAGGAAAGGGGGGAAAAACCGCAGGAACUCGCAAGACAUUUUCGUCUUGCGAAGCAAGCCCAUAGGAGCUUCGUUUUGCGAAGCACCUCCAAAACGGAAAACUCUUUCGUCUAGCGAGUUUUCCGUCUUGCGAGGCAUUCGUCUUGCGGGGCACCACUGUAUAUAUUUCGACGGCGUCAGACCAACACAGCUACCUACCUGAAUCUAAUGAUCACAGCAACUCAUCUCCAGCAGCUCUUGCCCCUAUUAAGCAGUUGUUGUUUAAUAACAACUGUAGGAUUACCUCUGGUCUGCAGGCCCACAAGGCCGUUUUGGGGAAGCCAUGCCCACCCAACUUACACCUGGUGUCAUACAUGAUGUCAGAUGAAGGGCUUCAAAGGAACAAUCUGGGAGCUUAAAGUGAGCACCUUUCAGAGCUUUUAUGCAACCGAGGUUUUGUGCAGGGCUGACACUGAACUUCAGUCGCUCCCAACCUGAGACCAACACCCUCUCAACCUGUUGUUUGCCGCUGUUGCUGCAGCCAGUCACUGACAUCACCACCAACAGGUAUGUUAUAGUAGUAGGUGGUGGCACUUGGCUCUGACCUAUGGUGUGUUCACCAUGUUAAAUUACCAAAAAUGCAAUGACCAACCAAACAUUGGGCUGGGGACUGCAUUUUGGGUAGACAUGGCAGGUGUCUGGGUCAGUUCCCAUUCAAAAGCACAGCCAUACCCAUCACUAAAAUAAUAAUAAUAAUAAUAAUAAUAAAUUUUAUUUAUAUCCCGCCCUCCCCAGCCGAAGCCGGGCUCAGGACGGCUAACAACAAUCAAAUAAUCAAACAAUCAAAUAAUCCAACAUUCUAAAAACAUUUCAUUAUAAAAAUUAAUUAAAAUCAAAUUAAUGGCAACCGUUAAGCAAAAUUCUGUGCAGGUUGCCAGAGGAGGGAGUCAGGCUGGGCCCUGACCAAAGGCCUGGUGGCCUGGGGAUGUGUGAGGAGAGUGACUGGUGGUCAGUUGGUGAGGGAUCCUGCUGAAUCCCUUGGCAGGUGCCCAGUCUUGACGCCACCCCUGACGCCAACUCCGGUUUUAUGCUAGCAUUUUAUCUCAUUCUAUGGCUCUGCUGUGCCUUAUUUUAUUGUGUUUCAUGAUGAUUCAUUGUUUUAAAAUUGUGGCCUUUAUCAUCUUACAUUUAGCUGUUCUGAGUGCACUGCUGAAGCAUAGCCUAUAAACAUUCUGAAUAAAUAAAACAAUACUUAUAUAAAUAUAUCAGUUUGGUAGGCAGCUUAUCUCUGAUGCCUGCCUUGGGACUCAACUUUUGCUGCCAUUGGGAUCAACAAUGGAAAAGGGUUGGGGAGAAAGAAUAGCAUGACAAAAGAUCUGAACAUUUUUGAGAGUGGGGACUGGAAAAAAGGCAGUCACAGCGUUUGGAGGGCAAGAUAUACUCUAUCUCAUACCUGAAAAUAUUUACAAUUAUGCUAUAUAAAAUUGUUUGGUUGCCAUUUGUCACCAGGCAGAUCCCCGGAAGUGCUCAGGAGCCAGGGAUUCAGCCCCCUGCAGAGAUUCCUCUCUCUCCUCAGCAUAAAUUAUGAAAAGGAAACAAAGGAGUGCAUAUUUGCUGGAUGCAUAUAAUUCAUAUGAGUGAAAGCAUUCAUAUUUUCUUGAUGGAAGAUUAGAUUUCCAGGGCACAGAAGGUUGAUUGGCACCAAGUGUAUACGGCCCUGAUUCUUUGGGUGCUUCUAGAUGACCCAUUUAUUUAUUCUGAUUUGUCUGUGGCAUACUCUCCAACAUUCAUCAGAUGGAAGUAGGGACAUUCUAUUCUACAUCAGUAUCACUGCCUGAACAUUUCCUCCUGGUCACGUACAAAAGUUAUUGGAGGAAACACACAAAACUGCAGGAUUUAAGCUAAGGUUACCAGAUUUUUUUCAAUGAAUCCGGGGAAACUUUUCAACUUCAGUCGAAUUCAGUGGCUUUUGUCAGGGGACUGAUUUGUAAAUCUGGGGACUGUCCCCAGGAAACAGGGACAACUGGUAACCUUACUUUAAGCACAGAAUAGAGGGGAAAAGAAAACCCCAAAUACAGCUAACUGUGUGUGUGGAGCCUAUGUGAUAUGCAUUGAUGAGUAUUUUGGAAGCAUGGUAACUUUGAACAAUCAUUAUUGUUGUGAUAUGGGGUAUCCCAGUGCUUAUUUCAGGGUCCAGGGACAUCUAAACCUUUGAGUUUGGGGAUAUAUAAACUUCCAUAUUUUUUUUGCGUGUUCAGACCCAGAGACCUCCCCCCUAAAUAAAUUCACACUUGACUCAAAUUUUAGCUUGGUUUUUUGGCAGAAUUUAGGCCACAACUUUAUUGGUUACAGAAAGUGACUGGUUGCAUAGGCUCUGGUUCGAGUAGCAGCUUGCCAUGCAGGUAGCGAUGACCCAGGGUUCCAGCAUAGCUCAGCCAAGGGUGAACACCUGGAUAAGUGGAAAGCCGGGAAUGGGCUAACUCCGCCACCCAAAUGUCCCCCUGGACUCAGGCACGGGCACAACCCCCUCUCAGGGGAUGACCAAACCAUCAAGUCCCUGAAUUCCUUUAACGGAAUGCCCUUCACAUAGGGAUGGCGAGAGCAUUCUCCCAUCCCUAUCACCUGAACCAGAGCCUAUCCGCAACCUUACAAGUUGCGACGAUUUGCUGCACGGCAGGCGAAACCCAAAUGGCACCAGCCAAUCAGCCAAGUGGGGAAAAUUCCUGCCAUGCUCCUGUUCCAAUGACAGAAGACACAUGACGGCAUAACCAGGUCAAGCGCGCAAGCCCUAAAAGUAGGGAGAGGUGGGCAGGUGUUCCAAUGCAUGCACCAAAAGAGGAAGCUCUGGGUCACGUGCAUGCGUAUAUAUAGGUCCCUCGAUCCGUUUGGACUGUGCCCCAUUGGCCAGAUUGAACCUGGCUUGAGAGCAGUACAUGUGAAAAGGAUCUAGGAGUCUUGGUUGACCACAAACUUGACAUGAGCCAACAGUGUGACGCGGCAGCUAAAAAAGCCAAUGCAAUUCUGGGCCUCAUCAAUAGGAGUAUAGCAUCUAGAUCAAGGGAAGUAAUAGUGCCACUGUAUUCUGCUCUGGUCAGACCUCACCUGGAGUACUGUGUCCAGUUCUGGGCACCACAGUUCAAGAAGGACACUGACAAACUGGAACGUGUCCAGAGGAGGGCAACCAAAAUGGUCAAAGGCCUGGAAAUGAUGCCUUAUGAGGAACGGCUAAGGGAGCUGGGCAUGUUUAGCCUGGAGAAGAGGAGGUUAAGGGGUGAUAUGAUAGCCAUGUUCAAAUAUAUAAAAGGAUGUCACAUAGAGGAGGGAGAAAGGUUGUUUUCUGCUGCUCCAGAAAAGCGGACACGGAGCAAUGGAUCCAAACUACAAGAAAGAAGAUUCCACCUAAACAUUAGGAAGAACUUCCUGACAGUAAGAGCUGUUUGACAGUGGAAUUUGCUGCCAAGGAGUGUGGUGGAGUCUCCUUCUUUGGAGGUCUUUAAGCAGAGGCUUGACAACCAUAUGUCAGGAGUGCUCUGAUGGUGUUUCCUGCUUGGUAGGGGGUUGGACUCGAUGGCCCUUGUGGUCUCUUCCAACUCUAUGAUUCUAUGAUUCUAUGAACCCAACAUCAAGGGACCUACCAAUCGGGUGGCUGACCAAUUUUACCCACCCACAACACAGGGGAUUGGUCUCCAGGUCUCACUGCAACAUGUGCCCUCUUUGAGGGAGGACACGAUUUAAUGUUUCAAACUUCUGAGCAAAUUAGGAAGGUGUAAACAGCUGCAGCAUCCUAGUGCUGUGGUGAAUUCUGGAUGGAUCAGCUACAUAGGCAUCACCUGCCUCCCCGGCACCCCCUGCCUCAGCUGCUUUGGGAGUCCCCCUCACCCAAAUGCACAAAACAAGAUUUCAGAAGGCACUAUCAAUUCAGCUCAUGAGAAAGAUCAAUGCUUUCCCCCCAUCCACAUGAGAAGUCAGGCAGGAAGGGGCUUUGGAGGGAGGCAUUAUUGCUUCGGCGGACCCCUCCCCAUCUCCCCAAAUCCCUUUCCUCUCUAGUAAUCUAGUUCAGUUCAUUUUAAGCCACAGAGAGAGCCAAGCUGCAGGAUCAGAUUCAGACCUCUCUGCAUCUCUCUCAAAGCAGGAGCCAAAGAGAAAAUGGCCACUACACAUACACAGGCGGUGGCAGCUCAGUGACACUUCAGGUUCCCAAACAAAACUGGCAAUGAAAGGAAAGGCAGCAAUGCAAAGAAACUGGGCAGGGACCUAAGAGGUUUAGAUGCAGAGCAGACCCUCCUUGUCCCGUGUGAUGCUGCUGAGCAGUUUGUAAGAGCAUGCAAAUGAGAACCCAAAGUAGAUUGCUGCUUCUCUCUUUCCCUGGCCAGGAGAUGGAAGGAGCAAUGGAUGAAAAGGUGGGAAAAGAUUUUGGGUUUUUUGUGGUGGGGAAAAACUUGCAAUUGGGAAUUUGGGAUUCUGCGUGACAAAUAGAGAAGCCGUGAUGGCUUAAGGGUUUGUGUGAGGGUCUCCACAUUUUCAUUGCAAUGGGAGACUAUGUUGUGGGCAGGUUAGAGGACGUGGUGUUGAAGCAAGUGCUAUUCCACAGUUUCCAGUACAUAUUUCUGCUGCUUUUCUUAUCAAACAAGACAGUCCUCCUGAAGGUUAUUUGGGGGAAGCAGAGAUAGAUGACUCUGGGCCCUUCUUCCACACAAUCUGUUGGCUGAGAAUUCCUCAUGGAAAAUAGUAAGAGUUUGGAGGCACCUUUGGCCACACUCUGAAAAAUUAUGCUGUUGGGCUUAUACCAGUUGUAUUUACUUGUUGUAAUUUUGUUUGUUUUCAUCCUUGGACGCUGCCAAUAAAAAAAAAAGGUUAUAGGGCAGCCAGUUUACAAAGUGUAUAUACAUAUAAACAAAGGCAAAUAAACAAGAAGAAUUGGCACAGAGAGCCAAUGUGAAGUAGCGGAGAACCAGGAGAUUAUGAGGGAAAGGGGACCCCUGUGCUUAGCUAAAACACCAUCACGGCAAGGACUUCAUGACAAUAAACACUGAAGGAAUGACGGCAAGGAGCAAGGAUGUGCUGGUGUUUUUCUGCACUAGAGAAAUAAAAGGUGACUAGACUCGGGUGGCGCUGGGAUGCGGGUGGCGCUGUGGGUUAAAACACAGAGCCUAGGACUUGCCGAUCAGAAGGUCGGCGGUUCGAAUCCCCGCGGCGGGGUGAGCUCCCGUUGCUCGGUCCCUGCUCCUGCCAACCUAGCAUUUCAAAAGCACGUCAAAGUGCAAGUAGAUAAAUAGGUACCACUCUGGUGGGAAGGUAAACGGUGUUUCCGUGUGCUGCUCUGGUUCGCCAGAAGCAGCUUAGUCAUGCUGGCCACAUGACCCAGAAGCUGUACGCCUGCUCCCUCGGCCAAUAAAGAGAGAUGAGCGCCGCAACCCCAGAGUCGGCCACGACUGGACCUAAUGGUCAGGGGUCCCUUUACUUUUACUAGCAGAUAGAAUUCCACAAAAACUGGCCAGAAUAAUCCCUCAUUAGGAGACUCUCUGACACAGCAGCAUCUGGCUUCCCCACGUUGACUAUUUAAUUUGACAACAUUGGCUGCUUAAUGCUCAUUCAUUACAUAGCCUCAAACAUUUCUCCGAUGAAAAUAGGGACAUCCUAAGAAAAAGUGGGACAUUCCGGGAUCAAAUCAGAAACCUGGACGGCACCUCUAAAUCAGGGAUGUCCCUGAAAAAUAGGGACACUUGGGGGGUCUGAGCCAAUGUCAUCUCCCUGAAAACAAAUCAGAAUGAAUGCUCAGUAAAGAAGUCAUCUGGAAGCAGCCUAAGGAGUCUGGUGCAUGGACAGAACCGGCCUGCCACAUCUCCGUCCCCUGCUUUGAAAGAGGAUAUACAAAGAGCUAUCAGGCUUUCCCAGGCUUCAGCUUCACUUAGUGUAUAUAUGGCCAGGAACGCUGUAAGCUGCCAAACUGAGAAAUAUUGAAUCCUUUCCCUCCAAUAAUGUUGGGUUACUGCUGCAAAAACAGCUGCUUAAGGCUGUGACAAACAGAGCAACUUGACAAUAGCUAUUUUACUAGAGGCAAAGAAGGUUAUGAUGAUGUCUUUUGGCAGACCCGGCAUCUGCUGGAUUGACUACAUGACACAAGUGAUUCAAUGCCCUUCAUCAGUUAUAAAUGGGAAAAGCAAAGCUAAGGCUCUUACAUCAGCUAGGAUGGAGAAAGCAGAUUGAAAACAAAAACUGGUGCUACAAGGGAUGUGAAAGAAGCAAUUGCUUUAAGCUGCAGCAGAAGCCCCUUUAACUUGGGGUGAGGACAAAAUUGUACCAGCAGGGCACCAAAGGUUUUUGGAUACUACCUUUUCACCGACCUUACAGCUCAUAGUUUCUUUUUCCAGUUCUUGGGCUAACAAACUGGUUCUGCGGUCUUGAAUGGGUUAUCUAAGCAACUUGUUUGUAAAGAAAUAGAGAAACACGAUAAACCAGGAAUUCUGCUAUGAUUUACCGCACUCUUUCGGAGCUAGCUUCAUGGACAUCAAAGAAGGGUUUUUUAGUGCAUUCAGUCACAAUAAUUAAUCUGUGGAUGCAAAUCAUAGCAGCAGAGACCGAGGCUCUUUCAAAUGACCUGUUUAUUUAGUAUUCAUCCAGAUUUGUUUGCACCAAAUUUGCAUGAAGUUAAAUAGUAUUGCUGUUUAUUAAGCAUUCAUUCUGAUUUGCAUAUGCAGUUUAUAUUAACCUACACCAGUGCAUUUUGCCUUCACUUUUCUUAUCACAAAAAUAUGUGGUGAUUUUUUUCUGUUUUGGAAGUGGAUUUGCACCCCAUUAACAUUUCAGGUGGGGAAAUCAGGGCACCCCCCAUCCCACUGGCCCUGUUGCUCGCCUGCCUGCCCCCUCCCUGCCACUGUCCCCUCCCUUGCCCCCUUUCAUCUUUCUCCGUGGCCUCCUCCUCCGCAGCCUCAGGAGAGGCGACACCAGCCUGCAUAGCCUCCACUGCCUCUGUUCUUCCGGAAGCUUCUGGAAGUACUGCCAAGGAAGUAGGCAGGAGUGUGCAUGGGGUCUUCCAUCUUUUGGUCCUGUGCUCUUGUGUGAGCCAUUUGGCCCAUGCCACAACAGUGGUGUAGGUGGGGGGUUCAGGAGGGGCAGAUCACCCUGGGAAGCACUGGGCUUGCAGGGCAGCUGAGCCACCAUGUUCCUCCCAGGCGCCCCCUCAAGAGACUUACAACUUGGGAACACUGGUCAUUUCCCAAACAUGGGCAUCCAGCUGUAUUUGCACUAUAAUUCCCAUAUAUUCCUGAGGACUGGUCCUACUAGUUGGAGAUGAUGGGAAGUGGGGAACUUUGGAAGCAACUUGGAAGGGGAAUUUUUAAAGGUCUAAGAGGCUAUAUUUCCACACUUUACUUUGCUGCAUUGUUCAUGAUUUUAAGUUUCUGCUGUGGUUCUCUCACCAAUGAGUUCUUGCCUCAGACCUGGAUCUUUCCAUCCAGGGAAUUCUCCGUCUAUUAUUAUACCUAGUAUUUUCUUCUUUAACCAAAAUACAAACCAAUAAACCAACAGUAUGUCCAAAAAACACUGUUCAUUGGACAGUUUAAAAUCUAUUUGUCAUGUAGACAGGUGGCAGAGAAAGUCAGAGGAAUAAACGGGUUACAGACAGAUGUAAGGAAGCUGUGGGCCAGCUAGGGAAAGCCUAAAAGUAAACUAUUACCCAGGCCUGACCUAGUGAGGGUAUGUAUAACUAGGUCUUGUCAGGCUGAAGCAAUGGCCUGCCUGGGGGUGGAACCAUUCUGAAGCCAAUAGUACCCGUAUGGUCCUUCACUGGGCAACCUUGAAUGGCUUCAUAAGAGCCAGAAGAUCUCGGUCAAGCUGCGGCUGACCCUGAUGUUUGGCAAGGUGUCAAUACAAGAAUCCCGGAUGUUUGCCUUUGCCUGAUCAAGUAUUCUCCUGCUUGCUGCACUCCCAAUCCUGGCAACAGUUCUGGCUUUAGAAAUUAACCCCAGGGACCCUGGCCAAGAGGACAUCUGCUGCAGGGCUGGCCCUGAGUGUGACUAUCCUUGGACCCAAGUUCCCCACUCAUUUAUCACCCAAUAAAUAUGUGACCACCAAGUUGAGACGGUGAGAAGCCCCAGGUGACUUCUGUUGGGCAUGGGCUACAGCUGGGGAAAUCCCUUCAUUGCACAGGGCGGCAUGUGAUGGCCUUCAAAGCUCCUUCCACCUCUAGGGGAAAAGAGCGUGAGGGGAAGUGAGACAGGCAGGAGAUCUGGACCGAUGAUGGGAGUCAGGUGAGAGGAAGCAUAAGAAAGUGUGAGAUCACACCCAGGCUGAUGAACUGAGGGGGAACUCACACAUUUCUAUUUAGUUGACUCUGAAUCACAUUUUUUAUUUUUAAAAAAUGGCUGUGUAUUUAUCACACGAGUGCUCCCAAUAAGAAACCCGCCUUGCUGUUUAAUAGAUGCAAUUUGACUUCACUGGCACUGGCGCUCUUUAAUGAAACUCGCUGAUGUUAUUUUCCUCAACCCCACUCCACCAGCUGCCUUGCACAGAAACCUCCAUGGAUUUACCAUCCUAUCCUAAACCCACCAAGGACUUAUUUAAAUACUUAUUUAAAUACAGGCUAGUGCUUUGUUCUAACUGCUGAAGCAAGGACCAAAUGGAUGUUUACGGGGGGGACCGGACUCCCAUCUGAAUCCUCCCAGCAAACGUUUUAUCAGACAUUUACUGCGUACCCUGAGUGGUGGAUUACUUUAAUUUAGUAGAAGCAAAGGGAUUUGAAUGCCAUCAGGUUAACAAGGAGGAGCGGGAUGAAGGAGGAUGCUUCGAAAUGCUCCGAUCAGGUGGGCACUUCUCAAAUCCUACCAAUGGAAAUGUUGUGAGCAGCUCUGCAGUGCUAGCCAAACCUCAAGCCUUCUCAGUUAGGCUGCUUUAGUGUUUACUGGAUGUGAUAUGCAGAGAGGUUUCAGCAGAACCGUUGCUUAGGGAAAUAGGGGGAGGGGGAGGCAGGGAGGUGUGUCGCUGUCUGUGGGUUUUGCUCCCAGCUUAAGAGAUUGCUCUCUUCUCUCCAUAGAGCCUCUCUGACCACACAAUUGGCAAAGACCUCCAGAGCACGAGGACAGGGCAAAGGCAGUGAGUAUCUUUGCUUGGUCUCUAGGGUUGUCUGUCUGGGUGCACGAUCCAUGUUGAAUGUGUCUGCUCUCUCCUGAAUGUUUGUAUUUGAUGGGCAUUCUUACUGUCAUUCCCCCCUUCACCACCUUUUUUAGACAGACAUUUCUGUUCUUCCGUUUUGUCCUUUGCUGUUGUUUCCCCCAUAGUUUCCCCCAUCCAAAUAUAUUGAAUGAUGCCUUUGGUGAUGGUGCAAUAACCUCUUCUUCAAGUUGGGUGUCACAUAAUGGGGAGACUUCCCCCACCCCUUCCCCCAUCCGAGACCUCAAAACCUGCACCUGGCUGCACUUGAAAGAGUUGCCUUUGCACCUGCUCCCUUUAUUGCAAAGGGAAAAGGAGAUUCCUUCAUAGGGGAAAGCAAAUGCCUAAUAGAUGGGACCACCCAGGUAGUUUUCCCUACAAAAUAAACAACCUCUUUUUAUAAAACAACAACAACCACCCUUUGUGCCAUCCCUGUUGUUGUUAAGAAUAGCGGUGGAAUGGGACAGAUGGGAGACUUUGCCGCAAAUGCUUUUGCCUGUUACUGUGAAAUCAUGAAUAGACUAAAACCCUUUGGAAUCCAGGAGGAGGGGAAGAGAAUUUAAAACAAACCCUGGAGCUGUUUCACCUGUGCCCUGAUGGACAGGAGGUGCCUUGGCAGAUAGGAUGGAGACAGACUGUGGAGGGGAGUGGGCCAGAUCAGAUGCACCCAAAAUGAGGUCAGAUAACACCAGGACAAAACUUUGAUGCGCUUGCAGGUUUAUGGUUGUCUGAAAGCUGCUAUAUUCUCCGCCCACCACCCUGUCCCAAGAUUUUGCAGCACAGGGAAGGUCAAAUUAUUGGUCUGCCACAGAGGCCUGUGCAUGCACAAAGACAGGGAGGAAGAGAGGACCCAGUUUCUCACAUGGGCAGCUCUAGCCAGGGGAAUCCAGGGAAAGCAUCCUCACGUGCUGCAGCCUCAUGUGGCAAUGGGGUGGGCGGGCUGAGAGUGCGCUAAUGAGGAAAUUCAAAAGGGCUUAGGGAAUUACAGGGGUUGAUUUCAGCAAAAAUACAGCACAAGGCAGACGGUUGGGAUAAGGAUUAAAAUGAAUGCACUUGCUGGCAUUUAAUGCAAUCCCUCCUCCAUUAGUUAGAAGAGAAGAGGCUGUGUGUGUGUGUGUGUGUGUGUGUGUGUGUGUGUACAUAAUCAGAUUUUUACGUGCAUGCUGGGAUUGGUCCCUGCUUACCUACUUUGGAUUUCUGAAGACCUUCAGGCCCAUCUUCUUGCCUCUGCACUGUCAGUCUUUUCUAUCUGCUUUAUGUUUAUCCUUCCUGCUGAAGCACAAAAGGAGAGCUGUUUUGCAGAUGAUUCCACUUGUGCAGUGCCAAGUAAGAUCUACCUAAUAACUGCAUCCAUUUUCCCAGUCUCUAUUAGUUUCCAUGGGGUGUUAGGGGAGGGAUAGUACCUCUGGUGGGGUGCAUGACAUGCUCCUUCUGGGGUAGUUUGUCCACCUUUGAUUCUCACUCUGCACUCACCUCUCACCUGUGGCUCCUAGAAGCUGUCAGCAGGUGACAGUAGCCACAGGAGAGGGUAGCCAAUGGGUCUCAAACCCUCAGUGAAUUAAGGACUUCUCCUGCAUCCAAAGACAGGAUCAGGUGGAUUGAGUGGACAAGACCAAGAGUGGGUCCAAUGGCCAAGAAGGAGGUUUCUGCAGGUGCUGUAGAAGGAAGUGAGGGCCAGAUGGGGCCUGUCAACCUGCAAAGGCAGCCCCUCUAGAAGGACAAUUCUGAUCUGAAACCUCCACUGCCUUGCCAUGCAAAACAAUGUGGGAGGUUUGGAGGAAGGCAACUUGAGAAUGGGCCUUUUCAGUGUUGGCCCCAUGCUUAUGGAAUGCUCUCCCCAGGGAGGCACAACCAGCACCACCUUUAUCCAGUUUUGGGCACAAGGCCUUGGCUUUUGGGCCUUUAUUUGAAAGGUGGCAUUGUGGCAUCUUUUAAUGCAGUGAGACAUGCAAUCCUGCCUUUUAUCUGUCUAGUUGUGUUUUUAGGUUUUCACUGUUAUUAUUAACUGGUUGUAAUGUCUCUUUGGGUUAUUUUGUAAGAAAAGCAGCUAACAAAUAUCAUUCAUUCAUACACAGGUGUCCCACUCCAUUUGCUCCAUGUUCCUCUGCCAGUAUCAACUCUUAGCAUUUAAGUCACACAUUUCAAGGCUACACAGUGCUUUGUAUACAUCAUUCCAAAGAUCCUAAGGACACCAGCCCUGUAAGAUGGGCGGAUAUUACAUCCAUGUUAUGAAAUGCAAAGGCUGAGAGAAGAGCAACUUGCCUAAGGCCACUGAAAGAGUUUGCGGCAGAGAUGACACCUGAGCCGGUGUCUUCCUGUUUCUUAACAUCACCUCUCCUUUCCAUUAACCCCCAAACUGCAGAUAGGAGGCUGAGGCAGAGAGCUAGACAAGGCUUAUUUAUGACCACAGAUGCAGUUGCCUUCAGAAUGUGGGCUCCUCUUUAACUCCAACCUGUAGCAUGAACCUAACUCUUAAUUGGGUUUUUUUGGUCCAUGGGACUUCAGGUCUCAUCAACGCUGAUCAUGCUGGCUGGGGCUAAUAGGAAUUGGAGCCCAGUAACAUGUGGAGCAGAUUUCCAAUCCCUGACAGGUGCCCAAUGUUCUCCUCUUGAGCACUUUGGUGGAAACAGGGAUGGGCCUUGGUAAUCUUUGGUAAUACAGUGGUACCUCUGGUUACAUACGCUUCAGGUUACAUACGCUUCAGGUUACAGACUCCGCUAACCCAGAAAUAGUGCUUCAGGUUAAGAACUUUGCUUCAAGAUGAGAACAGAAAUCGUGCUCCAGUGGCGCAGCAGCAGCAGGAGGCCCCAUUAGCUAAAGUGGUGCUUCAGGUUAAGAACAGUUUCAGGUUAAAAACGGACCUCUGGAACGAAUUAAGUACUUAACCCGAGGUACCACUGUAUAGUGCCUGGAGCAAGGCCAACAUUUGGCGUCUCCAAACGGAUCUUCUCAGUUUUGUACCCUCUCAGCUCAGUGCCCUGUGUGGGGCAACCACCCACAGGGCUUUAAAUUGAAGGAGGUGAAAAGCUGCGCUUGAUAAAAUUCUCACUUCCACACAAAUAUAAAACAUUAAGGUGCUCUGUGCUAGGUGUCUGGCCGAGACUCUCCUCCUUGCAACUCUCUCGUUUUCUUAUGUAGAGAAGUGUGGUGCUGCACUAAGAAGUUUGCGUGAGGCAAGAUUUGAAUUGGAAACUUCCAGCCUCGUUCUCUUAAGACAAAACAAGAUGCUACAGGGGAGCUGAAGUGUAGGUGGUUCCCAUGAAGCAAAACACAGUGAUAACAGCAAGAACCUUUAUUGAACUAACCAGUGCUUUUUUUCAAAAAAAAAAAAAAUGUUUAGGGGUACUCUCAUUUUGACUCAAGAAAAUCACGAUUUUAUAAUUCAAAUCAGGGAAAAUAAAUACAGUAAAUGGACAAAAGUACAAAGAUUCACAAAAUGUUUAGGGGUGUGCGUACCUCUGCGUCCCCCCCAGAAAAAAAGCACUGGAACUAACAGAACUGGACAACAGGGGUAAAGCAGCUGGGCCACUUCCACUCUCAACGUGAUUGGCUGUCUAAACUUCCAAGCUGCGAAUCAUAACUCAGAGUUUAAGGGCCAAUGGCAGUGACCCAAAUACUGAAAUAUUCAGUGACUGGAUAUCAUGUAUUGAAUCAGAACACAAGGGCUCAUAAUCCUUAGUCCUUAUUCAAGAUCAGGCAAACAAAGACCACUGAAUACGUAAAAGGAGGCAUGUUGUAAAAGUCAUAUGUGAACUGAAGGGGAGUAUUUUCAGGGGCGAACUGGCAGGUGGUCUCUAUUUAGCAUUGGCCUGCUACUCUUGCUCCACUCUCUUUCCCCUUGAACUUGUGUGUGUUCUGCAUAAAGGCCCCAGGAGGUGGGGGACUUGCUGGCAGAUUCCUCAGUGCAUGCAUGUGAACAACUGAGGCUGCUAAAGGACCUGAAUCCAUUCAUGUGGCAUCAAGUCCUCCUGUUAUUUCAUUCUCAGGCCAGUUCAAAUGCCAGCCGGCUUCUCCAUGUUCCUGCCCAGCAACCUCACCUUGAUGUGAAGGAGUAGCAAGGGCAUAGAAUCAUAGAAUUGUGGAGUUGGGAGGGACCUUGAGGGCCAUCUAGUCCAACCUCCUGGAGGGGCUCAAACCUGCAACCUUGGUGUUAUCAGUACCAUGCUCUAACCAACUCCUUAUCCAGUUCAGUCCUGAGCUGAGACUGCCUUGCUUGCUGAACAACAUUGCACUGCAACCCCUCAGCGUCUCCUCCAUGGGCCACCCAGGGGCAUGGGCGUAGCCGGGGGGGCAGGAAGGCGCAGCUGCCCCCUAAAUCAAUAAAAAUACAUAGCAAACUGGGGUUCUGCCCUCCCCUAGCAAAAGGCCUGCCCCUCCUAACAAAAUCCUGGCUUCACCCAUGCUCAGGGGAAGGGAUAACAGCUUGCUAGGCUUCUUACCAAUUCUGUGUUCUGAAAAGCUACAAGGAAGGUCAGCCGUUGCUUCCAGGAGGUGAGAGAGUUUGCUGUGUUGAGGACAGUUGCCCUCCUUUGGCAAAAAAACCCUACAAUUUGCAGGAUCAGAACCCAGCAUGGUUUCUCUUUUCCCCCUGAAGUAUUGCCUCCUGGAAACUGUGUUUGCCACUCUCACAAGUCAGUCGGGGAAGGAAUUAACAAACGGAGAUGGCCUGCGGUGCAACACUUCUGAUGCCACAAAGAAAUAACCUCUCUUGAAAGUUUCUCCCCCCAGCCAGAGAGAGAUCUGAUCUAUCUUCUCGUUGAUGUGCCACCUUACUACUUUUUAAAGAAUAUGACCAGCACCACCCCAUUCUGCCACCUUAGGGCUCUACCAUUUUAUGCUGCUGGUAAAAUGGGAUAGCCUUAUUUCCAGAUAAUUCUGAACGGAAGCAUGUCAAGCUCAUCUCCCCCUGCCUUGUCCUCCCUCCCCCCUUUGGCUCCCCACGUUUUCCCUGCCUUUCUCCCAUCUUGGACAUUGCCAGCCAUGCUCCUUCCACCAUAAGGUCCCACACAAGCUCUGUUUUGUCGCAGUCUCCCUGUCUGCUGUGCAUCGUCACUGCCUUUCUCUCAGACACCCGAGGAGUUUAAGCAGCACUGCAGAGAUACAUGUCAUGUGCCUCAACUGAGAGAGAUCUGUGAGAUUUUCACAGUGCUUGCUAGAAUGGGCCUUGUGAGGAACGGCGGUGGUUGAGGAGCUCUGGGCAGAAGAUACCCAAAGCAUCUCCAAUUGUGAAACAAGCCCAGGUUUGGAGAAAAACUACCAGGUCUUCAUAACAUAAGCUGGCCAUUUGUACUCAUUGUGCUUGCAUCACUGUACCUUGGUGCCAGUUGGCCUUUUGGCCACAGGUGUCUUAUUUGUACAGUAUUAGGGAACCUUGCAGCGUUUCUUCUUAUAAAGGAGGGGUAAUGGCUAAAGUUCCAGACCAUGACUGGGAAGGGAGACACAGGUUCAAAUCCUGUCUUGGCCAUGAAGUCUGCUGUGUAGUUACUAUCUCUCAGCCUAGCCUACCUCCCACGGUUGUUGUGAGGAUACCACGUAGGGGGAAUUCACAUGAAAGGGUCAGACCGAGUAUACUGAUAUGCAGAAAAGGACUGCACACUUUAAUCAGUGGUUAAUCAGCAGAUUAAUCCACUGAAGGUUUGGCUGACUGGAAAUACAGUUUCCAUUGGGAAAGGCAGGUUUUAGUUUGUGGCGACUGGAAUUAAGGUUUUUUUAAAAUUUAUUUUGGGAGGCUGUUAUUUCAGUAGUAGGGAACGGAAAUAACAAUGGAACGCCUGCUGUCAAGAAUCGGUAGUGUUUGUUUGAGUAUUAGUUAUUUUAUCCCCUACAUGUUGUAUACUCUACACAUUGCUAAUAUGCAAAUAUAUUUUAAUGUUGUUAAUUAAAAGGCAGAUAACAAACAUUCUUUUUCUGAAUCUUUAAAAUUAUAUACUCAAAAGAAAUGAGCACACAGCAAUAUCAAACUUAAGUAGUAUAGGAUCAAUAUAGCCAUCUGCGUAUGACAGCAAAAUAUUGAAUAACCUAGACGAUUUGUUGGGAAGUACAGAGAGGUCAGUUGGGUUAGACAGCAAAUUGAAAACUACCAUUUUGAUUUGUUACUGGUUUGUGCACUGUUAGUUCAGUAAACUAAAUAUUAUUAAAUUAGUUAAGAACUCUAAAAAUAUGCUUUUGUGGCAUGAUGAGAAACAAAUUCUUUUUAAUUACUAUUUCAAAAUUCUUUAGUGGGAAAGUGGGCUCAGAUUGCAUUGCUCAUUCACUUGGGUCACAUAUUGUAAAACACAGGUGUUUCUUUCCCUCCAUCAUAGGCUAGGGUGUGCUAAAGCGUCACCUGUUUUUCAACUGGAGCUAAAUGCUCUGGGGCAGGCUGCACGGUGCCAAGCAGAUAAUCAUUUUAAUCAGCUAACAUUUAGAUUUGCUCUAAAAUUACAUUUAAAAUGUUCAAUAAAUAGAAAUCAUGCAAGAGUGUUUAUAACAGAAGGGAGAAGUGGGCACAGUGAAAUUAUCUUGGAGACAGUGCCAAAGCUUUCUGCAGAGGCCUCCCAUAUGGCAUCGAGAAAGGUUAUUUUAUAUUUAACUGUGCAGUCAUGAAAAGCUCUUGCAGGCUGUUUCACAGUGAAGUUAACAGAAGCAAAUUCCUCUGAGGCUCCGGGGAGGGUUAAGAGUGCAAGGUGAAUUUCCAUUAAGAUUUUGGAGUUUGAGAAUCAGUAUGGCGUUAGUGCAGUGGCUUUCAAGCUGUUUUCUUAGCGAGCCCUUAGAAAGGAAUGAGGACUUACUGGCCAAGAUGAUUCUCCUUCUUGACUGUGUUUAUUUACGUGAAGCUUUCCCACAGUGACCCUGUGCCCAAAGCAGCUGACAACCAACGCCCACUUGUUGUAGAUACAAAUGGAUCUUCUCAAUUUUGUACCCCCUUGGCUCAGCGCCCUGGGCAGGGGAACUGCCUGCACACCCCAAAUCCAGCAGUGCUAUAGGUAAAUGGGCAAGUGCGUAUUUUAUAAACAUGCACACAUCCAGUUUGGCUUUCAGUAGAAAACUGGAGCUUGCCUCUACAUUCACAGGCAUGAAAUGACCUAAUGGUUGUACAUCCAGUAAACUUUUGCAAUAAUAAACUUCAAAAGGCCUGUACUAAAAAAUAAAAUAAAAAAGCAAAAUUGUUUAUUCAUCUUCUUUACAAAAGGGAGAUCACUCCUAUAGUCUUGGAAAGUUAAAAAAAGUCAGUUUUAAUAAGUUCUAAUUAGCUCUUAAUUUGUUGAAAAUAGGCAUGCAUGCAAAUUAGCUCUCUAUUUUCUGGUAUUCUGUGUCAAACUGUGCCCCCUUCAAGGUCGUCUCUGGAAUCGCAAAGAUUAGAGAGGCGUGCAUUCAGUCUGAAAUUCCUUUGACCUUAUUUUUGUUAUGAUGCUCAAGGGAUUCCCAGCAUAGUGCCUGUGGGCACCAGCACAUUCGCUAGCAUGUCCUCUGGUGCCUGUGAAAGGGCUCAGUAUAUAUCCCCUCCAAAAUCCACCAUGCAUGAGAGGCUGUUCACUUUUCCUCUUUGCACUGGCUCCACCUUCCUGACAAUGAAGACCCCUCCUAAACAGGCCCACAUUUCAGGUCGGAUGCCUACUCUCUCAUCUGUUCUGAACAGAGGAAAGGUGCAAAUGGCUUCUCUCUGUGAGCAAAUGUGGUGGAAGUGAUGUAGGUGCCUUCAUCACUUUGUGGCCCUGUCUUUCCCCGCUCUCUGCACUUUUGUGGCAGCCACUCUGCCUUUCUCCUACGGUUGCCAUUUUGUGACUGGCGCUCAUGGAAGUCUCUUCCAAAUGUGCCCCAUGGCCCCCAAAGGUUGGAGACCCCUCCAUUGCACCACCCUGGCUCUCUGGGUAGCAUCUUGCUGGCUAAAGCUUGAAAGAGGAUGUUGAGUCAGGUGGACCCAGGGUCUGAUCCUGCUGGGUUGCUAAUUGUUAUCCCUUCUCCUUUUCUCCCAUUUGCUCCCCUGCCUUGUAUGACUGACUGCAGAAACAGAGGGAUGAGGACUCGCCUGGGAUGUCUGUCUCACAAAUCAGACUCGUGCAGCGACUUCACGGCUAUUCUUCCAGACAAACCCAACAGGGCUUUAAAGUGAGUAGUGGUGAGGCAAUCCACCUUCUUCCUUUUCUGUGUUGUUCUCCCCUUUCCUUUGCGGUGAUUUUAUAAAUCCUUCCGUUCUCAAUUUCUGCACCUGGCAGCAUGGAUUUCAAACCUGUAAGAAAAUGGAUUGUACAGGUUUUGUGCCAAAGGAGUAAGUGAGCCUGAAUCUUCAUGGAUUGCCUUCUUCUGCCGGAACCAACUUAAAUCCAUUCAACAAUAAUAGAAACCCUUUUAUGAAAUACUGUAAUUAGGACAGGGGUCAGCAAACUUUUUCAGCAGGGGGCCGGUCCACUGUCCCUCAAACCUUGUCAGGGACCGGACUAUAUUUUUUGGGGGAGGAAAUGAAUAUGCCCCACAAAUAACCCAAAGAUGCAUUUUAAAUAAAAGGACACAUUCUACUCAUGUAAAAACAUGAUGAUUCCGUGGGUGAUUGGGCCGGAUUUGGCCCCCGGGCCUUAGUUUACCUACCCAUGAAUUAGGAUGUGCCUCGGUUAGAAUGUUCUCUAUUAGAAGUGAGCCAUGUACAGCUGCGAAACAGUAUAAAUGAGAUGCAAACAGUGUAGUGCUUAAUUUGAAGUGGACUCUGGAAACCUCCUUCAAAAGAAGGUGGCAGUUGUCCAGAGCCUCAACCUCCUUUGCAUCCGUAUAUCUCCACUCACAUUUUGCAUUUCUUUAUGCGUGUGCCUCUAAGCAUGCUUGCACAGAAUGUCCUUGUCUCCGCACACUGCCAGAUGUUCGGUAUGCUCUGCUGGAAGCGCCAUACCACAAUGGCUGGUGAGGCUUGCUCCAGAAGCACAAGCCAUGGUAGAAGGAUGCUGGAGUCAGGCCAGUUAGAAGUCAGCCUGGCUGGACAGAGUAAGGAACGCUGCCGGAGACAGGGGAAAGGGCAAUAACUGGCUGGGAGCAGGAAGAGGAGCAGUCUGGGCAUGCAGAGAGGUGGCUUUGGGGCUUCUGUAAAGAACAACCUGGAUGUGACAUGGGACAGUCAGCAUUAGAACCUCCCACAUAAAAACCCCCAAUAUUAAUUGCAGUCUUGCUUUACCAAGAGCAGAUCAGAAUUAUAGUGCUGAGGAGGGAGACUAAGUUUUCUCCCCAUGUUGUUUUUAGGAUUAAAAUCUCCCUACCCCAGCUGCUACUUUCCCCAUGGGACACGUAGGUUUUCCUUCAUGGGGCAAACAACAGACCGGGACAGAGGGGAGGAAUUUUCCAUUAAGAAAACAGUGGGUGGGCUUACCCUUUACCCUAUUACUGUGGUCCUGAUUUGAUCCACCUGCCUUUUUAAAGUAUUUUUAACAAAAGCAGUCUUAUUCACAAGAAUGCCUACUCGCAUACUUAACUACAAGUUACCUGGAGUAGGGGAGUGCACCACCAGCACAGUUACCCCACCAGGAGGAAGGACUUCUGGUCUAAGAUUUUGUAUUUUGUCCAAUCUAUUCCAAUCUAUUCCAACAUUCGCCAAUCUUUUCCAACAUUCAACAUACUUUUUAAAAGAACUCUAAUGCCUGUACAAAGAAGGUGAUACAGAACAGAAAAUUAGCUGCUCUGUAAUUUUGCACAAGUUGUUUAGGCCAUAUAAUAUUGCAAAUUCUGCCAGGUUUUGGGCUGCCUUGGUAUACACUCCUCAAUCCCCAUUUCUCACUUGCAGCAAUGCUCACUGACCCUAACUGCCCCCUACUUUGUCACAGGAGAUUAUCAACAGAAGAAGCUACAAGAUGGGCAGAUUCUUUUGAUGUCCUUCUGUCCCAUAAAUGUGAGUAGAAUUGCAUUCCUCCUGGAAUCUAUUAUUUGCCCUCCAACCUUACCAAUUUACUAAUUAUUUAAUGACAAGGUUUACUUGUUAACUGCUUUGUAACAGGCCUCCAGUGGGAGUGGGAUCCAGUUCUCUUAAGAGCAGUGCUUUUUUUCUAAAAAAAUAUUUAGGGCACUCUCAUUUCCCUACUCAUAUUGAAAUACUGCCCCUCAAUGAGGUCAAACUUAGAUUCACAAAAUGUUUAGGAGUAUGCGUCCCCCUGCGUCCCCCCAGAAAAAAAGCACUGCUUAAGAGGUAUCCUGGGUUGUACACCUGGAUGAUUUUCACAGGAGAGUCUUCAAUUGGCUUUUCCUUAGAUCAACUCUUGUUAUGUGAAUAUAAAGCAAGAAAAUAAGUUUGACAUUUAUUUUGUAUUAUGUACCAUGCUGGCAACAUCUCCAGGUGGCAAAAACUGUGCAUCUCACUUGUGCAUCUUCAAAGGCCUUGCACACCCCAAAAGAAACAUGAGUGUUGGAAGUGACCUCUCAUGUGACGUAGUCCAGUCUCCACUGCUAUAGUAUCCUUGGUAGGUCACCAAGCAGCCUCUGCUUUAAAAACAACCCUAACCAAAGAGUCUCCACCACCACCUUCCGAGGCAAGUGUGUCUUCCACUGUCAAGCAAAUUGUACUUUUCAGAUGUUCUUCCCAAUGUUUAGUUCAAACCUCCUUCCUUGUAAUUUGAACUCACUGGAUUGGGUCCUGCUCUCUGGAGCAGACCUUCUCAACGUUGGGUCCCCAGAUGUUGGACUAUAACUCCCAUCAUAUUUGGAGAUGGCUAUUUCCGUCCGCUGCUCUGGUUCACCAGAAGCGGCUUAGUCAUGCUGGCCACAUGACCCGGAAGGUGUACGCUGGCUCCCUUGGCCAAUAAAGUGAGAUGAGCGCCGCAACCCCAGAGUCGGCCACGACUGGCCCUAAUGGUCAGGGGUCCCUUUAUCAUGUCAUCUCUUCUGCAAGCGUCUUCAUGUAGUGUUAGAUCUCUGCAUAUCUAGGGGCCAUACUAUAUGAGACAGUGGCAGCCAUAUGUGUUAGCUCAUGGAUCUUGUAAAGUAGAGGGUGGGGAGAAAAUUCCUGGGUGCUAAUUCUGACAGGCAUUAUGGCAAAGGGAGUGGAUCCUUCCCCAACUCCCAUGCUUUACUUUCCCACACUUUGGAUGCAAUCUUUGCUCCCUAACUCAGACUGCUGCAGCAGGGUAGGAUUGACUGGAGAUGUCCCUCAGCUGGUUGCGGGGGUUCAGUGUCCAUAGGUCCCCUCUGCACCCGUCAAAAGCAUGCUUGGUCAGAAAGCUACUGCUGAUACUUCCUUCUGGCAGCAGCCAGAUUAAGCCCCCCAAAGUGUGUCAUUAUGGGAUGGAAGGGCUUUGGAUGCAGCGGUGGGUCUGCCACUCCGUUCGGCCCUUCUGCUCACUGGCCAGAGUUAGGAUUGCUCUGUCCAUCACUCUGAGCACUUUUCUCCUCAGAACAUGUUCAUAUCUGGUAUGCAGUGGCUCAUACGCUGGAGAGGAAGGGGAAGGUUCGGUUCUUCUCACUAUCAUGCCCUUUAGCUAUAAAAAUUAGAUCCACACACCCCUGCCCUGAUUUAUAGGAGAAUAGGGUGAAGAUAUGUCUAGUUUGGCAUUAUUAACUCUGCCCUCCCUUGCAUUAGGGCUGAGUGAUAUUUGGCUUUGAACAUCGCAAUCCAUCACUGGCUAAACAUUGUGAUAUACCAAUAUAUCAUGAUGUCUGAAAUAAGGAUGGAUCUGCGUAGAGGCAUUGGCUGGUUUCACAGUUUCAUAUCUGCUGUUACAUCUGGUGAGAAUGGGUAUCCUCCUGAAACCCGAGUCUGGCUUUCUGCAACAGUCCCUUCAAUUCCGGCUUUAACGAUGAGCUUUGAGAUUUUUCAAAACUGCCUAACAAGUUAAUUAAAACGAAUGGGAAUUGGGCAUUCAAGUCUCUAAUGUAGGCUGCAGAUCUCCGCCCACACUGCUCAGUAAGAAAAAGCUACUUAUUUCAGUUGUUACACAAUAUAAUUUAUGUUGGGGUGGGGAACCCACAAUCUGCAAUUUUCAUAUAAACUUUAGAUAAAAUCUCCAACACCAUAUAAUCAACAUGCUUUCUCUCACUUAUAACCAAUGAAUUAUCCCAGCUCUAGUCAUGAAAAUAUUGUUCUGUUUCACUGACAUAUCACACUGGGAAUGUUCAGAUUUCUCCUGAUACAGGAUAUAUCCUGUAGCUUUUACCUUUCAGAGCUUGCAGUAUGUUGCUCUAGCUAGCUGCAGGGAUUGUUUCUAUAUCACGCCUCCUUUCCAAAGCACACCCACAUAAUGGAAAAGGUGGGACCUUGCUGCAGAACAAAUGCCCCUGCUGCGUGUUUCAAAUGCAAGAGUUACACACCCUAGUGCACAGUACAGAGUGAAAUUUCAAAGAAAAGAAAAACGGCUAAAAUAGUGGAGUAUUGCUCUUGGGGAGGAGGAUACUUUGAUGGAUUAAAUAAUCUCAUGUAGCCAGACAGCUGGAGGUGGGGAGGGACUUAUUUCCUGAAGCUUUGGAAAGCUACAACCACAGGGUUAGAGAACCAGUAGUAUGACUCCGUCUAAGGUAGCUUCUUAUAGCCAAUUUUGAAUUUUGCAUGACUACACUCUCUUGCAGUAGGCUGGUCCAGUGGGAUGCAAUCAGCUGCAAAUGAUUACCAAACAAAUAUCCAUUAAAAAUGCGUGUAAAAAUCCAGAGUGGGAAGCUAUGGCGCAGAAAAUAGUGACAUCACAGCAAUAAGUGUCUGUGACAGUGGUACAACCAAAGCCGAAAAUGCAAAAAAUGGCAUUGCAACAGAGAUUCCCAGGGCAGUCCAACAUUCCAGGGGAAAACCCUUGGAGACUAAUGAUUCAAAACACUAUUUUAGAACAUAACCAAGAUGAGGCAGCAUUCUAGGGAACAAUGUUAGGAGCCUGGUGUGAUUCAAACAGUCUUUUAAAAUGCAACCUUCAGCUGUGCUGAUAUCUGUCCUCCAGUUAAUCAAAAGCUUUCUCCCUCUUUGAAAGAGGCCUCCAUUUUUCUGCCUCGUUCUCAGAGCACUUUAGAAUUUCAUGAGAUGCAGGGUUUUGAGCUUAGUUUAUCAUUUUGAGGUGGCUGCUGGUGGUUUGGGUGUCCCGGUAAAUGUUCCCCCAGUACUCUGUCAUCUUCCUGGCUCCUGCACUGAAAAAUCCCCAUGAGAGGACACACCUCACUAUGCGUCCCCCCGGACUUGGUCGAAGUGUGGGCAUCUGGGAGGACUGCAGAGUACAGACCACUGGUGAGACAUCAUAAUGGCCAGUGUGGUGGGGCAAAGCCGUGGAUCUGCUCUUCCAACACUGGCACUGCUACAGCUUAACUGAACAGGGCUGGGGUGGGUAGUGUGGUGGGCAGUGGUGGGAGCACCGGAUUGUGUCUGCCAGUGAGUGAAAGAAAGAAAGAAAGAAAGAAAGAAAGAAAGAGUACUCACAAACACUCCUCAGCCCUCUCAAAAGUAAAGUAAGUGCAUCAAAAACCCUGCACCCCACCCAUGAGAAUUCCUCUGAAAUUUUCUCUCCCCUUUUAUAAUGCCGUAUUUGAAUGCAAUUUCUUUUAUCACUAAUUGAUGGAUAAUGGUUUGGGGGGGGGGGGAGAGAAGCAGUACUAUUUUCCAGCAUACUCCUAACUUAAAGUAGCAAAGAAAGGAAAAGGAGAAGCAGAGAAAUAACCCAGUUGUGAAAAGAGAGGUAUCGGAAAAAUAUGCUGAUAAACAUGGGCUGUUAUACUUGGCCGUCUUCCUUUAAAGCAAGCCUAUUUUUGCCCUAGCUGUAGGUGUCUGUGAAGUGAACACUGUUUUGAGAUCUGCAAACCAAGUAUUUCAAUCCAUUUCCUGUCUUGGUGGCAAAGCUAACCAGCUUUUCAAAAACAAGAUCAGUCAUUGUUACUGUGAGUGGCCAAAUAUCCUACAACUAUAUGGAGGCCUCAUAGCGCUCAUGUUCUUAUAACAGCUACAAUAAUCUUGUAAUAUUGCAGCUAUUUCACUAUACAGUGGUACCUUGGGUUACAUACGCUUCAGGUUACACACACUUCAGGUUACAUACGCUUCAGGUUACAGAUGCUUCAGGUUACAGACUCCACUAACCCAGAAAUAUUACCUCGGGUUAAGAACUUUGCUUCAGGAUGAGAACAGAAAUCGUGCAGCAGCGGUGCGGCGGCAGCGGGAAGCCCCAUUAGCUAAAGUAGUGCUUCAGGUUAAGAACAGUUUCAGGUUAAGAACGGACCACCAGAACGAAUUAAGUUCUUAACCCAAGGUACCACUGUAUAAACAAUGAAAAGAAGAGAAAUUUUAUCCUCGUCCAUUGCAAUCCUCAGCUAGAAGAGGAGGUGAAAGCCCAGGCAAGAUGGAAAUUGGUUGGCCUCUGGAAACAGCCUGGAAACUAAGAGAAGGUCAGGAUGUUGGUCAAGGAUCAAGGUGUUAAUGCAGAGUUUAGUAGGUUUGCAGCUGGAAUAGCCAUCCCACAGCUGAGACAGAAAGAGCAAGUUGCCUCAGCAUAGGCCUGGAGCAACUGUUAGCGUUAGGUAGUGUGGAUUAGGUAGACAUGAUUAACCCCCUGCCUUCUGACUGCUGCAAGAGCUGGCGCCCUUUUUAUGUAUCUGCCAGGUAUUUGGGAUCAGGAAGCACACCCAUCUCCUGCUCAGGGCUACUGCUGUAUGAGGACUCUGCACCUGAGGAUUUCUAGUGCAGGGCAAUGACAAUAACGAGAGGAAGCACUGGUAGCAAUCCUCCACCCACCCACCUUGGAAAGAGAAACUGAUACUGGGUCAUUUUUAAAUAUGUUAACCACUUAUUCUCCACCUACGCUCCACAGGAAGCAAUAAAAUGAGUUGUAUUUUCAGGCAGACAGUAUCUGCAAAGGAUCCUUAAAAAACCUCAAUAGUGCUUUGCCAGGUCCAUCCAUACUGGACAGGUCAGUGCUGCUAUUACCCUUUAUUUCUAAAAAUUGCCACAAAUCAGGCCUAAAGAAAAUAUGGGAGGAUGACACAGAAACUAGUGGGAUACAGCAGGCUGACAACAGCAUCAUCUAGAUGCUCUGUAAAAUGUAGGUGUGAAAAGGAUGUCCAUUCCAGAGAAAGGGGCUAGAAAGAAAAUCUCUUUUUGCUUGGCACUGCUGGAUAGCAUGACCCAGAACAGAAUUGCAUUUGAACUGAUGAUAAAGGUCUGUCCCUGGGGACUGGCUUGUAAAGGCUGUUUCACACAUGCUGGUCAUCACUUGCUGCUGCAGUCAUCAAGAUGAUCACAUCUCUGUGAGUUUAUUCUCAUGCUGUAAUUUGUUAUCUGUUCUGUGUUCAUACAUCUGAGGACAAAUAAUAGCUUAUUGGAUGCUAAAUCCUGGUCUGAGGAGUAAGGAAGAGGUAGGGGAGAAGAAGAGAGAGAUGUGACCAUGAACAGAGAGAGAGGACUUGUUCUCCCUGUAUAUUUCUUGCCCAGGAGAGAUGGUCUGGCUAGACAGAUGAAGAUUCCUUUUGACAGAAUGCUGGAAGAGACACAAAACAAGAACAUAUCUUGCACUGCAUCCCUCACAGGGCUGGGUAUGUGGUUUAUCAUUUGUCCAACAUCUAGCAGGGUGGACUGUCCUUAGAUCCUCAGUCUGAUUGCAACUGUCAAUACAUGGAAAAACCCUGCGUGCUUUCAAUUGCCUUGGCUUGCUUUGGGAAGAUUUCCUCCUCUUGCCCUCCCUCUCUCCCUCUGUCUCUGAUGUGUGUAUACGUGUCAUGCGACUCCUAUGCCCUUUGGCAAUUCCAAUUUCUCUCUCCCACCCCUCAGAUUCAUUACUAAAUCUCCCCAUUAAAAACAUUAUUGGAAAUUCCCAUUUUAGCCACAGAUCUGGUGAUGCUAAAACUUUGUUAGUUUUGAGUGGCUGCCAGGAUUCAAAAUACCAAUGCAAGUGUCAUUGAAAAGUCAAAUACUCAUCCCAGUUUUUAAAGCACUGACUGGUUUACAUGCCACAUCCAACUGCAAGCUCAAUCACUGAAUGUGUGGGCUUGCCAAUUCCGGAGCAAAAUGUAGGUUCACACAGCUCCCCGGCUCCCCAGAGCUACACCUCUGGGUGGAAUCUCCAUGAUAUGAUUCAGCACAAUGACACUGCAUUACACAUUUUGGACUAUUAGAUGUCAUUGCAGGAGAGAGGAGGAGGUAGUCAUAUGUGUGAUGGGAUAUGCAACAGAGAGAGAGAGAGAGAGAGAGAGAGAGAGGAAGAGACCCGGGAGUUGAAUGUCUGGGGAUUAGCACCAAGCAUCACUCCCUUUUCCACAAUUUAGUUUCUUUGCACAGCUACUGAGUUAACUGAGAGCAGGAGGCUAGUCAGAGGUCUGUGUGGGAUCUUUUACCUCCAGCUGCUUAUCUUGCCCCCUGCUUCCUCUAGGUUACUUUCUGGGGCAAAGAGGUCUUUCUCAGCAUAUCCAUCAUGAGAAAACGCUCUUCUUUCAUAAGAGCUUCUGGCCAAGUCUGCUCAGUUUCUCACGUCCUCUGGCAAGCAGCCUGUUUCCGGAAAAGUCAGUGUAAAUAGUGAGGAUGUCUGAGAGCAGACAUUGGAAGAGAAGGGAAAGGAACACAUGUGAACACAUGAUAAAAAGCUGUUUACAUUUAUUAUUAAGGGGGGGGCUCAUUCCCAAAAGGCAAAUGCUAAGAAAGCUAUGGGAUUGGAAAAACCAAGGCUAGUAAUAACAUAGCUCCCUAAUGAAGUGAGGUUUUUGCUACUUUCCAGGUUGCCUCUGUAAACAGUGGGCUUUGUUUGCAGUGGAUAGACCUUGAAAUAAAAAAUUGAGAACUUGGAUCAUAUGUAGGAAGAAAGCACAGGACUUAAUGUUGGUUCUAAACCACAGAGUCUCAUAAUAUUAAAAGUGACCCAUACCUAUAAUAUCUUACAAGGAGUCACGGAAUUUCAAAACAAACCAGCGAUUCUAAAACACGAAAGGUUGAAAGAGAAUUGUGGGGCAGAUGAAGGGAGCAUUCUCAUGUUAUCUGCUUGUCUUAAUGCACAAGUGCAUGCUAGCCUGCUGCUGCCAUUAACAAAACUCCAAGCUAUUCAGGGCCAUCAGACACACUCUGUGCUAUAUUGAGCUCAAGGUCACUAUGUCAGGGAGUAGGCAAGUGUUGGCAAAGGAUUCAGCCUGGAGUGGCUUAGGAACGUAUUUGGCACUUCCUAAAUAUCCACCAAGACCUUCCUUGGCCUAAGACAGUGCCUACAACAACAUAUUCUGAUUCAGUUUUUUGGCUCUCAUCCAGCCCAUUGCCACUUUAAGGCACCGAUACAGCACCAAUCCAGCUUCACUGGGUCCAGAUGGCAUAUAGAGUGAGUGAGCUCAGUGUCAUCCACAUAAUGAUGACACCAAACCCCAAAUCUAUUGGUGACAGCACUCAACAGCUUCAUAUGGAUGUUAAGAAGCACUGGGGACAAGAUGGGGCAUUUGCAGCCCUUGGUACAACUGCCAUGGUACUGAGCCUUCGUCACCCAAUGCUAUUCUCUAGAGAAGGUAGGAGCAGAACCACUGUAUCACCAUGGCUCCAACCCCAAUCUUCUGAGCCAGGAGGAUACCAUGGUUAAUGGUAUCAAAAGCCACUGAGACAUCAAGGAGAAUAAACAGGCACACCAUCUCCUGAUAUGAGUAAUCAACAAGAGGAACCAAAGCCAUCCUAGUGCCAAAAGCAGAGUGGAAGCUGGAUUUGAAAUGGGUCAAGAUAACUGGUUUAAUCCUUCCUCCAGUACUCUUAAUAGUUGCACUGGCCAGACACAGAUUUACUACCUCUCUGGGAACCAGAGCUAACUUUAAUUGGAUCAGGGUCAUCAUAUUUAGUGACUGCUGUAAAGAGGACAACAAUUUGCAUAAAAUUUGAAUGUGCUUAUUUUAUGCAUAGAUGCAGAUUCAGACAUAAUUAUUAUAAUUUAAAUAGAAAUACAAUACAUUUCCCCAUAGCGGCAUGCAUACCUGUCUACUGAUGGGAAACGUCAACACUCUCCUUCUUAGGUUUCAUUAUCUUAAUAUAAGCCUUGGACCGGACAGCUCUUCAGAUAAGAGGAUUCUUCCAGGGGACUGUUCUCUUACAGAAGACUGUUGCCUCCAAAGUACUCUCCUACUGAGCAGCAAAAGCAAACAAUAGUGUUAGCGGGCCUUCUCUCUAUUUAUAACAUAUAACCCAAGAUACCCUGGCACAGUUACUAAGCACCAAAGAGAUAAGGGCACUUUCACUAACUACCUAAAGCCAGCAGCAAGCGCAUUGUGCUCUCCUCUGCCAAUCUUUAUGAAAGUGGUAAUGAUUAGAAAGAGGAUGAUCACCCUCAUGCAUAAAUAGAGAUUACAAAUGUGUCCUAAAUAGCUGAUGGGUUGCAAAUGGUAUACCUGGGCAUAAACUCCCAUUCAACCAGAAGCUCAUUCAGAGGCCUUGGAGUCAUGGCUGUUUAAAUACAAUGAGAAAUAUGUCCUUUGUCAUGAGCUUAUAAUGAGCAGGGCAGUUUAGUCUUAUGGAGUGCAGAGAGCUGUUUCCCCAGUCCUCUCCUAUGCCGCAUUUCAAUUCAAACCUUGAGGGGUAGUCAUGGUUGCCUGGGCCUGCACGUGCCACACAACGUGAGGGGAUGCUGUGGUGAUUGAGUGGACUAUACAGUUUCUGAAUACAGAUGAGGAGAAGCAGUGGCGUAGCAUGGGGGGCACAGGGGUGGUUGCCCAGGGCACAAAAUUGUUAGGGGGCGCAAAAUUUGAGCAGCCAGUUCUGCCUCAGCAUAGCUGAGUGCUUCUGUAAGCUGGAGUCCAUUGAAAAUGGCUUCUCCAUGCAAAUCAGGAAGUGACUUCUCCAGACAAUGAAACGACUCUUCUUUUCUUAUCUCUGCAGCUGGGUGAUACGGACACCGUUAGGCAGUUGAAUGUGCAUGUAUACUCCAUCCGUUUUACUCUCUCCCACCCACCCCCAGGCACCGGCAACCCAUGCUAUGGCGCUUAGGAGGAGAUACCUUUUCUAAACACUCCCUCAUUAAACUCCCCCCUACCCCACAAAACCCCUCUUUAGAUGCACCUGUAUGAAAAGUUCUAGUCCAACUCUUUGCCUGUGUGCUGGUUUUCCAUUUACAGAGAGUUUUUAAUGCAAGGAAGCAUUUCUUUUUAAGGAGUCCUUUUCUUUGUUCUCCUUACACCUUACCAAGAGGCUAGCUUGACUUGAUUAGUUUUUAACACUUGAAGGAUCCAGGGAUUAGAGGGGUCUGGCACCCAGUUUAACACCCCAAGCCUUGAUUAAAUUCUAACACUUGCUGGAUCCAGGGUUUAGACCAAGAAUGAAUGAAGCUAUUUGGUUAGGCACCCUUGUUCUGUAACAACAUGGACUCGAGGCAGCUCAACAGGUUUCUUGGGAGUUCCUCAGUGAGGUAGUAAAAAUGGCACACAAGUCUCCUUGAAAGAGAGCUACCCCACCAUUACUGUUAUUGGUGAUGAGACCAAAAGCUUAGCUGGUAGCCAUGGUGUGAACAGAGGGCUAAACUGGACACAACACUAAUCUCACUUAAAAUUGCUCUCUUUUUACAAAAUACAUAUACAGUAGUUAACAGGUAUACUGCAAAAGGGUCUUCAAUCCUUUCCACCCUUGACCCAAGCGGGAAGGUUAAUCCCGCCCCAACACAUUACAGUCUUAGUGAGACGACAGUGGGGUGGGGGUGAGAAACACCUAUUAACUGGGGGGGGGGGGGAUAAAAGACAAUUCCAGUGAUGCAUUUAGUUUCAUGUCUGCUUUGGCCCAAGUGUGUGAUUAGCAAUCACGAUAAAAUAUUUUGCAAGCUCUUCUGCAACACAUAUGGGAAUUCCUCAGCAGACAAGUUGCCUUGAUGAGUUAAUUGAAGAAAGGUGAAUUACAGAUGUUUUAAAUACAUGAGUAAAUAAUAGAAAGGGUUCCCUGAUGGUACAAAGUUUUAAAAUUAAUGCACUCCCAGCAUUUAUUGCAUUUGGUAUUUGCAUCGGAUAUCAAUUGUUUAUAUAUACAACUGUUGGAACUCAUUUAUAUAUGCAUUUGUUUUAUAUAUGUUUUCACUGGACUGUGAAAUUGCUUCAAGAUGCUUCAUAGGAACAACAGUACAUAAAAAGCUGGACCUGAAGUCUAGUGCUAGCAGUAGGAGCUGAAUGACACCACAAUUCCCCACUCUCAUACCAAAUUUAAGUGUGUGUGUCUCCAGAAUGCUCACACACCAACUGGGCUUUCCAUGAUGCAUUUAUCUUCUUAAAAAUAUGCUGCACAAAAUGAAAUAUUGAGGGGGGAAGCCCAAACAUCAUUUCGUAGAUAAAUUGCAAAAUGUUGGUACCCUCCCUAUGGUCGUUAGGUGGAACCUAUGGUUCCAUUUCAUUAGAAUGGAACAACAGCAACAAACCCCUAAAAAUUGAAAAUGGUUCACACAUUCAAGCCUUAAACAGUUUCCCCUUUUUUCAGAUGGAGUGGCUGCGUUUCGUGCAUUCCUAAAGACUGAGUUCAGUGAAGAGAACCUGGAAUUCUGGCUGGCUUGCGAGGAGUUCAAAAAGACACGGUCCACUGCCAAGCUGGCUUCCAAGGCACACAGAAUUUUUGAAGAAUUUAUUGAUGUGCAAGCACCACGAGAGGUUAGUAGAUGCAAGAAACUGUUAUUCUGGCAGGAUGGAUCUUGGAAACAAGGGUGGUGGAGAGCAGCAGAGAACCCACCACGCACCAAUCUUCCUAGGAUUGGGGGCCACUUGUGGAACCUCAGUCUAUUUGUUUGUUUGUUUGUAUCUAUUUCUAUACCUCCCCUCAUUGGAGGUUCACAGGGCAGUUUACAGAAUAAAAACACAAAAAUACACAACAUAGGGCCACAGUUUAUAACCUGGGGGGGAAAUCAGGCAAUGUGUGCUCACCCCUGGAAUGUUUGCACAUACCACUAAGCCAUGGUUGGAUGGAUAUAGAAGCUAACAGCCAUUCAGGGAUCCCUCUCUGCAGAGAAGAAGGCUACCCACAGUCUUUUCCACAUGGGUGUCGUUAGAGGAAGCAUUGAUUUGAGCUCUGCAUCAGUCGUGCGGUUUUUAUUAGUUUUAUCAGCUUUUUAUUAGCUUUUAUCAGUUCUAGUAUUCUAUCGCUUGGUAUUUUUUUCUUAAUUACUAUAAUCACAAAGUUUAGGCUAAAAGUUUUAGAGAAAGCCCUGGAAAGUCUCGGAGAAAGCCUUAAUUAGCUCCAGCUCGACUCAAUCUACCAACUACUUAUCAGCAGGAGAGGAGAUCAAAUGCCCUAAUCUUGGAAGGACUCCGAGUUUCCUGAUUUACAGCAGAAAAUAGUGGCGGCUGAAUCUCCGUGAAAAUGUCUAAGGAAAAAGAAGCGAUGGGCUUCAUCUCCAUAAGCGAGCCCACAGCAGAAGUGCAAUGUCUUUCCCAUAUGACUGUAUAGUUGCAAGAACAUUUGACUUCCCAUCUUCUGGUGCAGCAUAAUACAGUGGGCAUGAGCUACAGCCACUUGGGUUUAGAUAUGCACUCAGACCUAAAACUUGAUAGAUGUCAAGUUCCAAAGGGUAUUUGUAAGGGAUAGAAUGGAAUAACAUGGAUACAGCAGGACUUGCUCCCCAGCAAAUAUGCACUAACAUGCACAGAAAUAUGCUUCAUAUUUCAAAUAUGCACAGAAAUAUGCUUCAUGACAUUACAAUAAAGGUUAGGCAGUUCAGAAAUUACUGUAAUUUGCUGAUCUAGAGAAGGAUCCUAAAACUUGGGUUACCAGAUGCCCAAUAUUUUAAUGAUCCUACUGCCUGUUUGUCAGGUGAUCAGUAUUAAAAUAUGAGAAACCAAUGCAUCUCAGAUGUGGUCCAGCCUUGGUUCUUUCAUUGCCUACCUACUCAUCCAGCUUGCUGCGUCUUUCACUUGGCAAGUUCCAUCAUUGCACUUGGCUCAAUAUGUUUCAACCUGAUUUUGCCCCCAAAUCUACCUCACCCCUUGGCCAGUUUGGUUAAAAUUAAAAGUUGACAAUGCCAGCUGAAAUUCUACAUGGCUGCGCAUGUUUCAUCGAGCCAGAUGUACUCCAGGUUUGCUUUUCAGCUCAAAAGUGAUGAAUUACAUUUGACAGUGUGACAAAAAUGCUGUAUUUGAUUGUGGAUGGAGGGCGGGGGAAGUGAAGAAUUGCCCCUGCUGCCUCACACAAAUUACAUUUGUGUUUCUUUCUCAGGUGAACAUAGACUUCCAGACCCGAGAGGUGACAAGACGGAACAUACAGGAGCCCUCACCAACGUGCUUUGACCAGGCCCAGGGCAAAAUUCACAGCCUUAUGGAAAAAGACUCUUACCCCAGGUUCCUAAGGUCAAAAAUGUAUACAGACCUGCUGUCUCAAACCCAGAGGAGGCUCAGCUAGAGCAGAGAUGGAGACUCCCCUCCUUAGAUACCAUGAGCUUCCUGCACCAGCCAAAUCCAUUUCCGUAUGUGAAAUUAAGUUCAUUGGUGUUACAACAGCGGUAGAAUGAGAGGGGGAGCGGAAGAAGCAUGAAGAGUUGGGCUGUAUGUGUGUGUGUAAAACAUGUCUCAGCAUGAGUCCAGUGCUCUCUUUGGAUCCUUGUGUGUGUGCGUGUGUGAGCAGACACCUAUAUUUUUAACUUUAGCAAAUGCACACACACAACACUGAAACACUUCGUAGGUGGUGCUGUUUUCGGGAACAUAACAUCUGAACUACAUUUUAUGCUGAAUUCACUGGUCGUGAAGCCAGGCUUCCUAAUUCCUUUACUACACUAGGCUAGUCGGUAAAUAGUCAUCUGUGCUGGACCACAAAGCAGAUCCAGAAAGAGCAUCUGGAGGGUCAGAGGCUGGCCUUGUCGAGAAGCGCCAGAAGCAGGCGGCCAGAGGUGCAAGGCACCAUGCAGAAAGGACAGUCAAAUUGCAGUAACUGGUCAGCCAGAAGGACAUAGACCAGCAGGUAGCAGAUGUAUGCCUCAGCAGAUGUCUAAAAAAGGGAGAGGCAAGACAGACAAGGCUCUAGACUUGGCCUGGAGUGAUUUACAGCCUGGCCAAAUAAAACCAAAUCUGUUUUAGGGGGGGCAAAGUGGAGGCUUGAGAUGGAUGGUACAACCAGUUUCCCCUUCGCUUUACCACCCGGAAUAGCUUAUCACAAGGGGCAACCAGCCUGUUGAUAAGAAAGUUUUGAAUUCAAAUCCAGACGAACCCUGACAAGAAGGUUCUACAUCUCUUUUCCCCUGUAUGUUCAGGCAGUUAUUUAUUUUCCUUGCCUUAUUCAAUAGGUUUUCAGACUGCUUUUAAGGCAAAACUGUAUCCCAAAGAGGUUCACAAUACAUAGCCAUAAUAAAAUCCAACAAUAAAACCCAUUCAAACAUAAUAUCCAGUACCACCAAAAGUUAUAUAGGCCAACCUACCACAGAAAAAAGAAAAAUAACUCAACCCUAAAAAGCAGUGUCCUAGAUUAGCUUCCGAUGUCCAUGAUAAAAAGAUGACCCAAGGUCUAUUUAAAAUUAAGGAGAGAUGGGCUUGCCUGAUUUCACUUGGAAUCAAGUUCUAUGACUGGGAAGCCACCACUGAAAAGACCUUCUUUGACAACACUCUGAUAGGCUGUUGGAGCUGGGGCAUACGGGAGAGUUAAAGCUGUGGUAUAAUGCACAGGACUCAGGCUAGCUCCUAUGUGAAAAGAGAACAACACAGCUCCUUUUUACUUGGAUUUGUAUUGAUGUGAUCUUGAAACAGUCUCUGCCCCUUUAGUGUUAUCCCUUGCCCCUCUAUAUACAGCCAUCUAAAUUAUACUGUCAUUGUAAGUCUCAGAUAUUUUGCAUUUUAAGCUCCUGCUCCAACUUUGUUCUGAAGACUGGUGGGUGGGUUUGGGGUUUUUUGAACAGCAUGCAGGGAUGGGAAGUAGAAGCAGGGAGUGGGCAGUGUACUCCUUCUGAAAUCUACUUCUUCUUGCUUCUUUAUUUCAUGGAUGGCCCUUUCAAAGAACUGUGAAUACACUUGUCUUACUGCCAGUAUAAAGAGGCAAAGGUCAUUGUCCAAGAAGCCAAAAACAUGAAACCUCCUUCAUAUAUGGGUUGGGGUCCUCCUGCCCUUGAGUAAUAGAACUAGCUCUACAACUAGAUCUGUUAGGAUGCUAAAACUUAUUGGCACCCUCACAUAUUAGUUCUUAGGCUCCCUCUGGGAAAUUGUUCAAGUGUUGUAGAUACAAUUAUCAAUUUGUGCUGUAGGAAUACCCCUGUGAUACUGGUGGUAAGAGAAAUAAAUAAAAGGAUGGCCAAUCUCCUGGUAAGGUUGCCAUCUCAGUAUGCAGAGUGGAUUUAUAUUUUGUGAAAAGCUCUAAAUUUAAGCAGAACCAAGACGAGUUCAGAUGACCUGGUGCAUCUCCUCACUCCAUUCAUAAUCCCUUCCUCCCCAGCAACUCCACUAUGCAAUAUGAUGUCUCUCACACCAAAGUGGGUAAGAGAAGGAGGGUAAAUAAAGUGGUGCAGGAAUGAGUGUGAGAAACUGAACCUGCAAAGCUUCUCCUAAAGAAACCGGAAGCCCAUCUAAGUUCCAAAGUGGCAGCUGUACAAAACAUGCCAGAGAAUUAUCAUUUUCCUGCUUUCAUGCACCAAUGGAUAAAAGUGGCACUGAACUCCACCAUAAUGCUAUUUAUCAUCCUUACCACUGACUGUUAUUUAUUAUUCACUGAUUGAUGUUGGUGCUGUGUGAACAAUAAGAGGACAUAUGGACCCUCUUUGAAGGGGACCUGUUUAGAGGAGAAAAUCUAUCCCAGAUGAAAAUCCUAGUCUUGGAGAGCGGUUUAUGUGUGUGAGUAUAUAGAUAUUAGACAUUAUGCAGCAUAUAUUUUUCUUCUUCCAAUACAGCAGCAUGCUCAGUUUUAUGUGUAUAUGCAGAUGUUGUAUUCUAUUACCUAAGAAACACAGCUUAAAAUAGACUAUGUAGACACCUGCUGUGUCAUGAUAUUGAGCAAAUAUUUCAGGUCAAACUUUCUCCUGGG